AUGAGUGCCUUUCAGAGCCGAAGAAGGUAAGCCUUCCCAGUGUUACUAUAAGCAUUCCAGUUAGCAACCCUAGGGACCACAUACAAUCCUGGCAUUGUGCCUCUUUCACACUGGGGAGAUUGGAACCGGUUCUCUCGCUACCCCCUGGCUGUGGAACCAGGUAUAUAACUUAAUUGUUUUUAGUCUUUUUUUGCUAUAAAAACAACAACAAUCCAAAAAGCAUGCAUCAUUUUGACAAGAUAUAUAUAUAUAUUUGCAUGGUUUAAUCUGAGAGGUGCCCGUGUGGUAGUUCAAAUGUCUUAUCUAACAUGUUUGUCUAUUUCUGGAACCUCAAAGUUAUUGCCAGACGUUGUGGUAAAGCUAUUAACAUGGACUUACUGCCAAAAAAAUAAAAUAAAUAAAAGGUGUAGGAUGACUGACUUUUAUGUGUUUGCUGAUGAUGGUCUUGUAGGAAACAGGUGUAACCAAAUGUCUGGUCCUCAGGUAAAUUACCAAGAAACAAACAUACUUGCAUUUAACAUUUAAGUAAAUGGUGCAAAAGACUUGCUCCCACUAAUGUCCUGACUUGAGAAACCAAGCUUUCUAUAGUCUAGUUAAUAUUUCAGCUGUGCCUUUAAAGAAAAGGGCAAAAGACAGUUUAUGGAGUUUCAUGUUUUAUACUUGAGCCCUUACAAUAUUGCACCCAAAAAUGGAUUGGAUGUCCCAAUAUUUUUUUCAGGUAAUUAAAGCAAUCAACAUAAUAAGCCACAUGUUAAGGCAAAUACAGCUUAGUUUGCAUACAACAGUGAAAGGUUUGGAUAAAAAAGUGAAGUUUUUUUUGAGAAUAGCAGCUUUCAUCCUGCGGUGCUCUGAAAACAUAGCAAAAAUAUCCAUAAUGAAGUGUUCCUCUUGUGCAACUCAAAGGUGAUUCUGGCAGCGAAAGGUGGGUCUGUAAAUGGAUGUCAGAAAACAACUCCCUCUUCCGUCCACCACCAGCUUGUGGUCAGAGCUUCUGUAUUUUGAGGAUUUAUGUCAGGCUGCAUAUAGAAAACUAUUUGCAAAUACAUGAGCCUGAGGUAUAUCCAGAGUCAUCUGCAAGAUGUAUUUUGGUUAAAGGGGUCAAGGGCCUAAUUUUUGUGUGGAGGUUGGGCUACUCAGAAAACAUGAAAGCAGAAGUCUCAGUUCUUAACAAAUCAAGAUAGGAUUUCCAGUAGUUGUUGUCUGGGGGAGUUAGAGGGCUAAGCCAUACACCUACAUCUUUCCUUCCCUAGUUCCUGUCUCCUCUACUGUCAACUCAUUUAACCCUGUUUUUUUUUAAAAAAGGCAAGCCAUGCAAUAGAGCAGUGUUCACAAAAUUCAGCUGAGCAAAUCUUUGGUGAAAUUUUCAAGGUUUCUUUCCAUGUAGUAAAAAAUAUCAAAUAUAUAUUUUACUGUGAGCUACAUGCUCAUUUUCAGUACAGUGAGCCUUUUUUUAUAUAUAAAGAGCAUGCACAGUUGGAAUUUGCAAACCUGAACAGAUGGAUCUCUUUAGCUGAAACAAACAUUUUAAUGAAUUCAGUAACGUGUUUUUUUGCAUGGUUUCCACCCCCCUCUCCUUCCUUGUUCCUAUUUCAUCUAGAGUCGGGUAAAAAUGUUUUGCAAAUUCAGCAGCACACUUUGUUGGGAUUCCUGGAAGAGAUGCAGUCUCUAUGAAUAUAUAAAACACUUUCCCUUUUUGAGGUCUGAGGCAAACCCGUCAGUAAUAUAUUUUUGCAUGCAGAACAUGCUGCUUGCUCCAUACUGUUCAUUUAUUCUGCAAGCUGAGGAUAGUUUCCCCCUUAUUAGCAUUGGGUGGUCAGAUCACUCUGUUCCAGACUGCUCAGAGUUCAGCUGGGGGCAAGCAAUGAUAAUUCGUAUGCAAGCUCUGAAAGGAAGCACAAAGCAAAGAGUGGGUGCUUCACAAUGGAAAUACGGGUUACGUGUAAACACCUGGGCCCAGCAUCCUCUUCCGAAUGUAUUUGGCAAGCUGCCACAGGUGGGAUAUGAUUCAAUCCUAAAACAAGUGGACCUGUCCUGUACAGUCAGGUCAAAGUCUAUGUGUCCAUGAGAAGACGUAUCACAGUGUGAUGCAUACUCAUCUGAUCCUUCUGGUCCGAGUUGUUUUGCUAAUGGCACUGAGUAAAUGAAUGACAGAAGUAGGAAAAAAGCUUACAUAGAUGGAAGAAAGAAGCUGAGGGGAGAUGCCUGUGUAGGGAAAGAGCACACUAUGACCACAUUCACACUGUACAUUUGAAGUCCUAUAAUAUCACUUUAAACAGCCAUGGUUUUUCCUGAAGAUUUAUGGGAGCUGUAGUUUGUUCAGGGUGCUGAGAGUUGCUAGAAGGUCCCUAUUCCCCUUCCAGAGCUAUGGACCGGUGCUUUCUAGGCACGGGACAAGCAGAGGUGUGGAAGAGCCCUUUGUAUGUUAUCAAUGAAAUUUUAAAAGAGAGGCCCACUGGUCAGUUCCCAGGCUAUCUAAAGUGGUAUCAUGACCUCUCCAACUGAUGCUGAGCAAAAUGUUGGACCUUCGGCCCACAACUCCGAAAAGAAGCCAAAUAAGGUUUCUCCUGGCAGAUCGGGGCAAAGAUAUGUCUGCUUUAGUAGUUUCCUUUUUAGCCACAAUUUUAUCCAAAAGUGUUCCCAACAAACUAUCCUUAUGGGAAAUAGACAGGGCGUAGCAGAAUAUCUAAAUGCACACGACCAUAGUGUGAGCUUAUAACCCUUGUUAGCUUCACCCUUCUCUUUUUAAUUAUUCCAGUUACUUGAAACGUUUUAUACUGUGAUGCCAAUAAAGGUAUCUGAUUGAUGAAAGAAAGAAAGAAAGGAAGGAAGGAAGGAAGGAAGGAAGGAAGGAAGGAAGGAAGAAAGAAAGAAAGAAAGAAAGAAAGAAAGAAAGAAAGAAAGAAAGAAAGAAUCAUGGUGUUUUUAAAUGUAUGGUGUAAAUGUGGCCUAAAUCAGUACAAGGAGCUGAAAAGAAAUACUGCAAAACUUAACAGAGGGGAAUAUUUACUAACUUCUAAAAUAGACAGACUUACCUGUUUUUUUCCCCCCAUAGAAAAGGGUAUGUCAGCCAAGCAGCCUGGCCAUUUGGCUGCCAAGCUGAAGUCUGUGGUUUGGGCUUUGUGUUCAAUGGCUGCUUCCAGACCAUUCAGCCUUUUACCAGGGCCCUGGUCUGUUUGCUUGGGGAAGCCAGAAGAGACCUGUGCUGAAAGCCAUAAAACUGGUGGAUUAGAUCUUCAGUGUGAAUUUGAACUGUGCUUUCUGUAGACCAGAUGGUCUUACAUAUAAAUUUAAUUUCAUGAAAACUGCCGGGAGAUACAGGAUUUUACAGUGAAUUUCUUGCUGUCUCAACUUUAAGACCGUAAGAUGAGCCUGCUGGAUGAGGCCAAUGGCCCAUCUACUCCAGCAUCCUCUUCUCAUAGUGGCCAGCCAGGCACCCAUGGGAGGCCUGCAAGCAGGAUCUGAGUGCAGAAGCACUCUUUGCUUCCGUGGUUUCCAGUAACUGGUAUGCAGAAGGAUCCUGCCUCCAACUGCAGAGGCAGAGCUAGUAGCCAUUCAUACCGUUAUCUUCAAUGAGUUUGUGCAAUCCUCUUUUAAAGCCAUCCAAGUUGGUGGCCAUCACUGCGUCCUGUGGGAGUGAGUUCCAUAGGUGAACUAUGUGCUGUGUGAAGACCCUGGGGAGGGUCUUCUCUGUGGUGCCCCCUAAGCUGUGGAACUCUCUACAGAGGAGCCUCUGGUACCUUCUUUAUAGAUGCACCUCCUGACCCUGGCUUUUGACACCUGAGAUGUAUAUUUUUAGGAUACACCUUAAUUACGUGAUUAUAAGUUGUAUUAAACUGAUUUUAAUAUUGUGUUUUAAUUGUAACCUACCCUAGGACCUUAGCAGCAAGGGUGGGCUGUUGUUGUUAUUAUUGUUUACUUACUGCUGUUUAUGAGGGUGAGGAUGUGUUCCAUAAUAUAUAUGUGGACUUUGUAAAAAGGUAAAGGACCCCUGACAGUUAAGUCCAGUCGCGAAUGACUCUGGGAUUGCGGUGCUCCUCUCGCUUUACUGGCCGAGGGAGCCGACGUUUGUCCGCAGACAGUUUUUCCGAGUCAUGUGGCCAGCAUGACUAAGCUGCUUCUGGCGAAACCAGAGCAGCGCAUGGAAAACGCCAUUUACCUUCCCACAGGAGCAGUGUCUAUUUAUCUACUUGCACUUUGACAUACUUUUGAACUGCUAGGUUGGCAGGAGCUGGGACCGAACAACGGAAGCUCACCCCGUCGCAUGGAUUUGAACUGUUGACCUUCCGAUCAGUGGUUUACACCACAGCGCCCUAGUACCCCAGUAAUGGGUGUCAUUUGCCUGUAGUCUCCAGAGUCUGGAAAAACAGACAGCAGUAAGUGUAGUAGAGACAAGGAGUAAUGGAGGCUUGACCCACACUAUACCCAGGCCAGUGGAUGUUCUAAUCUCUACACAGGUUUGUUGUCCCCCACCCCAGCUUCUGUGGGCUGUGAAAUAACCACCUACUUGCUCCUACCUACUACUUGCUCCCUCCUCUGCUGCCACCACACAUCGUGCUGCAUCUGCCACUGGCAGAGAAGCAGCACUGCCAUUGGUGCUGAUUUGGAGCAAGAUCACACCAAUUUGGGAUGAAAUUUCAUCCCAAACAGAUGCAAUCUUGCCCAAAAUUGGUGCCGGUGGUGGCGAAACCUCUCCGCAAGCAGUGGAUGUGGCAGAGCAGGCAGGGCACCCAUGGAUGUGCUGCCUGGGAGGUUUCUGCCACCUGAAGCAAUUGCCUCACCCUGCCUAAUGGCUGGGCCGGCUCUGGGCACUAUCCUACAAAGCAGUGCUAUGGACUUAAUUUGUGGCACAUUUACUAACAAUGGUUGACCCAUAGCUGCUGUACGUAUUCCAGCCGUGGGGAAAGAAGAUGUAUGUGGGGGGGGGGAUAUAUUUUGUGCAUACUUCUGCACGCCUGCCACCUUCACACACACAUACACAUGCACCCCACAAAAAAAUACCUGCUGUUUUAAUGCCAACAUUUCCGGACUCCUGAUGUCUGUCCACAAUAAGCACCAUGCCCUCAAUCCUGGGCGGACAGCGCUUUGACUCAAAGGCACUUGCUGCCAACACAAUGCAGCAUGCAAUCACCUCACCCACAAAAUGGUUCCAGCAAGGUGCUUCGCUGUGCCACUUCUUCCAUACAUAUUAGUCUGACACCAGGACAGCCUUGCUUCAUGAUUGUCCUUGCUGCACAUACUUUCUGCAAUGCUAAACACGAUAAAUGCAUCACAGUUAUCCUCUUCCCACGCUGUACCUGUGUUCUUCUGAUUUUCACCUUGCUGCUGAGCCAUGUGAAAUCACAGUGUGUGAAUUCAUUGUAAUUCUAUUACCAUGUUGGAGAUGACUCAUAAUAUAUUAAGAGUUAGAAGGGCCCUGCAGGGUAUCAAGUGUAACCUGUUGUGCCAGAAGGCUUAAGUCAUCCCUGAUUGGUUUUUAUCCAGCCUCUUCUUUAACAUCUCCACAGUGCUACAAGUUCUGUUGCCAAAUCAACAGCCCAAUCUUCUGAGUGCUUGCCAAGGGGUUCUGCCACCCUAGGACAUACAUUGCUUCAAAUCAGUUGGCACCCUGCGGAAGAGGGGAUUUUAAUCUUGCAGAGUGCCUGGGAGGUGUGGAAAAUCUGUUUGGUAAUUUCCUUGUAGCUCCUGUUUGUUUUAACGGGGCUUGCACAAGAGAACAUCCCUCUGGACUGCAUCCAAUGUUAAUUAGUGCUCCAUGCUAAUGAGUGGGAGGGAGCAAGCCAUUUGCAUUUUCUGCUUCUGGAUGCAAAAUCGGUUUUGCAACCUUGCUUUCUGCUGUUGUAUUUUCUUUGUCAGUUGGGAAAAAAUAGGUGGGGGGUUGGAAAUGCCACUCUGUGACAUUCAUUAAGGUGCACAUCUGGGGUGACUGUGACCAUCUUCCUCCCUCUGAAUGAAUGAAAAGCAGAGGCUAAUGCAAAAGAACAGUCUGUCAUCUCUCCUUUUGGUUUGACACUCAUGGUUGUGACAUGCAGCACGUUGGAAAAUCCAGAGGCUCUCUAGCUGAGACAACCUCCCUGCCCUCUUUCCCCUUUCAGCAAGCAGAAUCCCAAAGGAACAAUCCACUAGAUAUGACAGGCUUGAUUUCCGAGCAGAACUCAUAUUUAAAAUAUGGGACAGGAUGUACGUUGGGGGGAAAAACAGAAGGGCAUUCUGAUCCUAAAUAAACACGUUUGCUGAAAAUAAGUCAAAACUGAUUUCAGUGGAGCUUCCCAUCUUAUUUCUUUUAUUCUGUUUCUUAACUGGCCUUCACCAUAAAGUCUCAGGUUCACAAUAUACAAUUAGGGUCAGUGGAGGGGAGGGGAACUAAGUAAAACUGUUCCAAACAAAACAGAAUAGUUUAGAUUGAACCAAAGAGCUGGGUCCCGCAAAACACCUUAGCUGUCAGUAGCUAUGGCAAAGUGGUAUGUCUUCAAAGAAAGUUAUACUAUGAAGACUGCACCUUUGUGUGACAGCUCUGUGGGGAUGGAGUUUCACAAUUUAGGGGCUGCUAUGUGGAAGGCCAGGGACGCAGGUGGCACUGUGGGUUAAACCACAGAGCCUAGGACUUGCUGAUCAGAAGGUUGGCGGUUCGAAUCCCCGCGACGGGGUGAGCUCCCUUUGUUUGGUCCCUGCUCCUGCCAACCUAGCAGUUCAAAAGCAUGUCAAAGUGCAAGUAGAUAAAUAGGUACCGCUCCGGCAGGAAGGUAAACAGUGUUUCCGUGCGCUGUUCUGGUUCACCAGAAGCGGCUUAGUCAUGCUGACCACAUGACCCGGAAGCUGUACUCCAGCUCCCUCGACCAAUAAAGCGAGAUGAGCGUCGCAACCCCAGAGUCAGUCACGACUGGACCUAAUGGUCAGGGGUCCCUUUACCUUUAUCUUUAUGUGGAAGGCCACCAUUUUUUGCCACCAUUUCCUACACUUCUGAAGGUGAUGGAAUGACUAAGAGAGCCCCCUCUGAUGAUAGUGCUGGGAUAACUCAGGUGGUAGAGCACAAGACUCUUAAUCUCAGGGUUGUGGAUUCAAGCCCUACAUUGGGGAGCAAGGUUUCUUGCAUUGGAGGGAGGUGGACUAGAUGACCUUUGUGGCCCCUUCCAACUCCACGGUUCUAUGAUUCUAUCUCUUUUCCCCAAACCAAAAUGUGCCCAUGACUUCUUCAUGGGCUCAUGACAAGCAGAGUGGGUUGGUUUCCUGCUUUACAGAGGAUAGGCUUCUAUUUGAAGGGCUAUCAUAGGAUAGCUCUCCAAAGGGGAUGCCUGUUUGUAAGGCUGUGUGGUCUAACUCUGGUUUAAAGAUAAAGAACCAUCAGAAAUGAGAACAAGAAGAGCCUUGAAGUUGUCCCAUCAGCAGUUAUCUGAACUGCAGACAGGUCACUAGUUGUGAUGGCUUGGGACUCAGGCUCGGACUCGGAACCAGAGAGGUCUCAGUGUGCACCGGAUCCUUUGCCUCAGGCAUCAUCUGAACCAAGUUUGGGGCCUGAUCCUGAAGAGUCCCAGUCUGCACAGGUGCCUCAGGGGCCUGAGACUGUCCUGCCUCCAGAUGCAGCUGGGCCAUCACUUACAGCUGCUCCACUACCGGUUUGGUCAGGGGAGGCUGAGGUAGCCCCUGGGUCUAGUAACCCACCGAUGUCUCCCGAGCUGCAGAAACUAAGGUCUGGGAGAAGGAGAGACCUGAGUACUCGCAGGAGGAGUCUCGCCUUCAGGCGAAACAGGGAGGUGAGUUACCGGGGGAUCAGGACUGGCUGUUACCCCAACAAAGAUAAAAGGUUGCAGGAGCAACAUUGCUAUAUGCCAGGUCCUGCCUGAGAUCCUGUACCUGUCCUUGCCUGGUUUCCUGCCUCGUGUCCUGCCUUGGCCCCGUCAGACUGACUCCUAGUGGAACCUUCGGAUUCUGGACCGGACCUGGACUGUGUGUCUCAGGUUACCCCUGGGGCCAGCACACUAGUCACCAUGUACCUCACCAUGGAAAGGUAUUUCUAUUUAAAUGAUAGUAAUGAUAUCUGAUUUUGUAUCUGUGGUGUUGUGAGUUGGGAGGAGGUACCCCCUAAACCCUAUGAAUUAGCAAAUGGUGGGAUUUUGAUAAAUUGGAGUAUUGGAGGGAAGUUUGCAGGCCAGUGGAAAGAUACAGGCUAAGGUUCCAUCCCAAGCCAGGGCCUCAUCUGGGACAGAGGUGUUAACAUGACAAAAGGUGUUGAAGGCUAAUCUGAGAGGAGUUAUUGAGCCUGGGAAGGCAGAGGCUGCCAAGGGAAGUGAGUGUGAGGUGACAGGAAGAGAGUGUCUUUAGCAAGAUGUGCUGGGAAGAAGGAGGGAGAGAACAAAGACAGAGAUCCAUCUUGGGCAGGCUGUUUGGAGCCUGGUUGGGAGAGAUGCCUUUGACUCCAGUGCUGCACUGCUGUGGGGAAGAAGCCCCCCUGAGAGGACCUUGCUGGAAUACAUGGACUCCCUCCAUGCAAACUGAAGGUGUAAAUAUGUGAAUGAAUCAUAUUUCUUAGAGCUAUGACAGUCUGCUGCAUCUUCAAUUCUCCAAAGGUGCACAAACCCUGGGUGAGCACCGGGAACCCCCUAUAAUCUAGCUGCUGCGAGCAGAGAGUGGGGGGUGGUGGCUAACUUUUCUAACAGUGCAUACAAAUAUUGAAGUAUGUCCUCUUUUGUCCUCCUUUGAUGCCUUUCCUCUUUUUGGGUGAUGGGUAAAUGGCCAUUCAAUUUUUCCUUAAUCUGUUCCCCUCAGUUUUAUAUCGCUUUCUUGUGGGCAGAAUUAUUUCUACGAAAUAUACAUCAAAGUCUUACAAAAUAUUACGCAGGCAAAGCAUGCAGGAAUAAAAAGCUUCAAAAUGACAAACAAAAAAAAAAAAAGGAGAAAGAGCCGCAAAGUGAAAUGGGCUCACUAAUUCUCAAAAACAAAACCCUAUAAUGAAAUGAGAUUAUAUCUGUAGUGGCCACUCAACUACAGUUCCUUUUGGGACUCUGAAACCCUCUAAGAGGGUCUCAAUAAACAUAUUUUACAGGUGAUUUUUCAGGUUUUGUGGCACUGACACAGCAGCACUGCUUUCCCCUGUCCUUGCUCCCCCGUGAAAAUGUUGAUUUUGAGCUAGAUCAUUGCCAAUAUCCAGAUCCAUCUUGCUAAGCAGAUAAACAAGGCUUAACGAAACACCCCAUUCUUCCCAGCUCCUUUCCUCACCAGGUUCCUUUUCUCUGCUGAGUGAAACAAUAAUAAAAUCUCUACAAACCCAGGAUGUGAGCUUUCGUUAGAUGCUGGCAUGGAACAACUCGCCGCUGAGAUGGUUUUGUUAGCUUUUUUAAAAUUGACCCUCAUUGUGCUCAUCCAGGAAAUGAAGAGAAAAAUAAUCUCUUCAACUCUUUUUUUGGACAGCCCACUUCAAAAUUAAAAAUUAAUCAUCCUUUGUAUCUCUAGUUUGUGAGGAUUCACAUAUAGAAAUGUUCCAAGGCCAGCUAUUUGCUCUGCGAUCGCCUUCUGUAAGUAAUAUCCCCUUUCACCUAAUUGGGUUUUUAAAAAAUCUUCCUUUAUUGAUUUGCUUGUUCUCCCAAGUAAACUGAGUGUGAGGGGGGAAAGGAAGUGGGUAGAAUUGGAAUAAAGAAACAGAGCAAGUGAAGCAGUAGCUUUCACUACGCCAAUCAAUAUUCAAAAGCAAAAUGUUUCACAAAAUGAUAUUUUGAAGUGACAGAUGAUGCUCACCUGAUAAAGAUGAGAGAUUCUUAAAGACUGAGUUGGAAGAUUUGAAGAAAGUUUAUAAACUGCUUGUAACGUUGAGACACUCCCAUGUGAAUGAUUGCAGUUUUGCUGAACAUAGUGUGGCAUGCACCACAAUCUCUGAGCACAAUCCUCUGCUUACUCCAAGUUUGGUUUCCUUGGAACGAAGAGACUGUGGUGUCUUUAGCACAUGCGGUUUAUUUGCACAUAUUGGAGGAGACUCUUGAGAGUCCCAUGGACUGCAAGAAGAUCAAACCUAUCCAUUCUGAAGGAAGUCAGCCCUGAGUGCUCACUGGAAGGACAGAUUGUGAAGCUGAGGCUCCAAUACUUUGGCCACCUCAUGAGAAGAGAAGACUCCCUGGAAAAGACCCUGAUGCUGGGAAAGAUUGAGGGCACAAGGAGAAGGGGAUGACGGAGGACGAGAUGAUUGGACAGUGUUCUCGAAGCUACCAGCAUGAGUUUGACCAAACUGCGGGAGGCAGUGGAAGACAGGAGUGCCUGGCAUGCUCUGGUCCAUGGGGUCAUGAAGAGUCGGACAUGACUAAACAACAACAACCACAACCUGAGUGUAGGGUGGAGGGGUUUACUGCACGAAUGCCCAACAGAUCUUUCUUCUCCAUUGGGUUCCCAGGGAAGUCCCAAAUCACAGCAUGGGUUCAGAACAGAGAAAGACAUGUCUCUAUCUCUGCAAUUGUGUGGUGAGGCCCUGGACCUCCCUCCCCCCCAGCUUCCCGAAAAAAAAUACACAAACACAAGUACAGAAGAAAAGGAGGCUGCUUCCUGGCUGCACCACAAUUUAAACAGGUGUAGCCACGCCCUCAGGCCAACCCGAUUGGUUGGGGGGGGCGUGACGCGGCUGGGGAUCCCUUGACGUUGGCAGCAUUACUCUGCCCCACUCCUGGAUUGCAGGGAGACCCCGGAUUCCUGCCCACUAAGCAGCCCUCCAAAAAGGGAGAGCUGACAGCUUAAACUCACACACACCCAGGCCUAUUGUUCUCCAUUUUAUGGCCAUGGGGCAUCCAGCCAGGUGUGGUGGGAAAAGGCCCACCCAUUUAUCUCCAUGGCAACAGGGGGUCACUCUUUGGUACUUAACUGACCUACUGAGGCCAUUAUCUUACAAAUAAACUUUUCUGACUCGCCUCUUCUACCAGAUUCUAAACCUCACAUACACAGAAUCACAGGUUUGGAAGGGAACCACAGUUUCAUCCAGACUCCCCUCAGCUUUCUGAUAGUAUUUAUCCCUUCCAUUCUCAUUCAGCAAAGGACGGGUAGUCAGACAUGUGAGACAGUAUUGCUGUGUGUUUUUUUGUUCUGUUGGGACCAGUGUAAGACUGAUGUUUUAUAGAUACAGCUGUGGACAAAGUUGCAUUUCAAGAAAAGGUGGGAAAGGGGAGAGAAUACAAGGAGACAGAGGCGGAUGGAAGCGGGAGGAAUUGUGGAGAAAAUAGAAAGGAAGAAAAGCAAGACCCAGAGGAAUAGCAGAUUAGAGAGAUGAUAUGACCUUGUCUUUGCCAUCCUUGUUUUAACAUCCUUUAUGUCAUAAAUGGUCAUGGCUAAGAUUAAGCUGGUGCCAGAGCAGAUAGGACACUUCCGCCUUAUCUCCAGGCUGUCUCUCAUUUAAAUGACUGAGCAUCUCCCCCCUCCACCAGUGUAACUAGAUAUAGUGCUCAGGAUUUAAUUUAAACAAACGUCAGGGUCUCUCCAUCAAGGCUGCACACACCAAGGCUGAGUCCUCUCAGCAAGAUAAACAGAUUUUUACAAAAUGCACACGGUUGCAGGGGUGUUCUCAGGGCAGAAACCAGCAUGGUUGGCUGGCUAGGCAAGGCAACUGUAGCAGCUCAACCAGGCCGUUGUCAGCAGUUAUAUUUUCAGGCCUCCUGAUCCUGCCAUGUUGAAAUGAUUUAGUACUCCCUUCAGCGAUCCAUAGCACAGAUUAGGCCACUUGCCUGGUGGUUUAAGAGGUGAAGUUUCUAGGCUGUACUUGCCACCAGUUGGAGACCCCUGGUUCCUUACAGUUUGCGCAUUGGUUACGAUUAGUGUGACAACUCUCAUUUUUGACGAUAUCUCAAACGCUUAUGAGAUUUGUGCUGAAAUACGGUUGCUACAAGGCACAGUGUUGUCCAGUUGAAAAGUAGUGGGCAGUUAAGAUGGAUUCAGUUCUCAGUUUAAUAAUGCAAUAGAGCUGGCCACAUCUGCACCAUACAUUUAAAAUACUGCCAUACCACUUUGAACAGUCAUAGCUUCCCACAAAGAAUCAUGGGAAUCUUCGUUAAGGGCACCAAGAGUUGUUAGGAGACCACCCCCAAUUCCCCUCACAAAGCUACGAUUCCCAGAGUGGUUUAACAAUCAAUUCCUCUUUCCAGAGAACUCAGAACUGUAGCCCUGGGAGGGGAAUAGGGGCCUCCUAACAGCUCUGAGCACUCUUGACAAACUACCAUACUUUUCCAUGUAUAAGACUGUGCUUUUUUCUUUAUAAAUCAUGCUAAAAAGUGGGGGUCAUCUCAUACAUGGGUAGUGCAUAGGGUGGACAUUUGAUUGGCUGCUGCCGUUGCUGUCUGCGGCUAUUGUGUGUGUUAUUGGUUGCUGCGUCAAUGGGUGGUGUUGAUUGGCUGAUGCUCUGGCAGUUGGGCGGGCAAUAGGCAGCUUGUGCUGGCAAUGGGAUAGACGGGAGGUGGAUUUUGCGAUGGGUGCGGGUGAGCAAUUGCCCCUAAAAAAAGCUCAACAACUCUGGGCAAUCUUUCCCCAUUUUCUUAAAUUUGAGUCCCCCAAAAUAGGGGGCGUCCUAUACAUGGGGGCGCCUUAUAGACGGAAAAGUACGGUACAUUUCCCAAGAUUAUAUAGAGGAAGCCAUGGUGGUUUAAAGUGGCAUGAUACCACUUCAAAUGUGUAGUGUAGAUGGGGCCAAAACCUUGCCACUCUAGUUCCCUGUUUGCAACAUAAAAGAUAUAAUGAUAAAAAUACUGCAUCUAUCCGCCAUUGUUUCUUAAACUCAACCUUGGGAAACUUUUCUAGUGUUCAUGUGUUUCUGCAGUUGCACCCCAAGGAGGUUUGAACUACCAGCUUUAAAAUAUGUAAGCAUCUUUAACAAAAGAUGUCAAAGUCAAAGAAAUAGACCCCCCCUUUUUUGUAAAGAAUGGUUCGCUGUGAAUAUUAUAUCUUAAUAUUAACACAGUUAACUAAUGGAACAGAAUCUUGUUUAAAUUUCCACUUUGAAUAAAUGAUACUUUGAAGUUAAUGAAAAGAAUGGAUAUGGCCACUCCAGGAUUUCAAAAAAGAAAGAAGGGGAAACAAGAACAAAACAGCCUUCUCCACUGAAAUGGUACAGCUUCUUUUUGAGUCAUAUGGGGAAAGUCUUUACUUCAUUGACCUUAUCUGUAAAGGGAACAAUUAAUAGGCUGCACAUAUAGGACCCUGUUAUAGUUUCUGCAGCAGCUGAACUUUCUCUGAUCUCCCAACCACAGAAAGGACACUCAGAUAGAAAUAAUGAGAAGGAAACUGGCACCAAUCAUAUCCAAAGGUAUUUCUGGAGAAUAUGAAGAUUGCUCAUUUGUUUUGCAUGUCAGAUAUCAAUAAGACGCACAUCAUUACUGUCACUUUCCCCCUGAUCUGGGAAGAAGGGCAGCUAAAAUUAGAAGCUCUCUGCCCAGCUAUCAGUAAAUUGCAGGCAGAAAAGCACUUGCUCAGUCUGGGUGAAUUGAAAUGGAGAACAUGUUUUCUUCAUUAAUGAGGCUUAAAGGGAUUUUUAUAUUAGUACAAGCACACACAUGGACUUAAGAAGAUGCGGGCUUCAGUUCCAUACCUGGUGCCUCGAGGAGCAUUUGGGUAUGGCUGGAUAUGCAGCCUUUGGGGUUAUUUUACUAUUGUUCCUUCCUGUUGAAACACAGUGUUCCAGAGCUUUCUCUCCACUAAAUUGUAGUUUGAGGAGCUUUGCGCAUCUUCUUUCCCCACGAAAGUCCCCCUGCAGCUUUUGUGCACCUCAUUAUGCUAAGGAUUACCUGCAUGAAGUGUUCUCUUCCAUUUACACAUUUAAGGCAACCUGACAAGAAAACUCCAUUUCCUUUUUUUAUAUAUAUAAAUUUUUAUUAGUUUUUUUAACAUAUCAUUUUCAACAGUAAUUAAACAUACUUUUACAUCUUAUUCAAUUUUUUUGACUUCCGCUAGUCCUGUCUGAAAAUUUUCCAAUCUAAUCUCUUAGUAUGCAUUUCUUAUUUUCCCUAUUACAUUUCAAACUCAUAACCAAUAUAUCUAGCUUUUUCUACUUUGUAACACUUCGUAUAUUUCUCCUUACAAAACUUCUUGUAGUCCUACUAGCGUAAUUUGUUGAUUACAGUUGCUCUUCAAAUAAUUCAUAUACUUCUUCCAAUCUUCUGUAAAUCUCUGGUCCCGCAGGUUUCGAAUCCUUCCUGUCAUUUUGCCCAAUUCUGCAUAGUCCAUUAAUUUCGUCUGCCAUUCUUCUUUCAUCGGAAUUUCUUCUUGCUUCCAUUUCUGGGAUAACAAUACUCUUGCCGCUGUUGUUGCAUAUAAGAACAGUUUGACAUCUUGUCUAUUAAUGUCUUGGGCCUAUAAUACCAAAUUAAAAUGCUCCUGGUUUUUUUAAGAAUGUAUAUUUCAACAUCUUUUUCAUCUCAUUAUGUAUCAUUUCUCAAAAGUUCUUUACUUUCUUACAUUCCCACCACAAUCCAUUUCCAUUUCUCUUUGCUGUCAGUCUCUCCUCUGAUCUCAGGGCCAGCCCAUCUGUGAGGUGAGGUAAGGCAGUCACCUCAGGCAGCAGAUCAGGCCUCCUCUGCUGCUUCUCAUCGCCGCCUCCUCUAUGGCCACCUGCCAGACCUGCCUCCUCCUUGCCUGGCCAUGCCAGGCAGAGGCAGGAAGGAAAGGAGGAGGCAGGUGCAGCAGUGGGUUUGGAGAGAUGGCAGUGGGUGGGGGCAAUGAAGCAGCUGUCGUAAACAAAAUCUGUUCUUUUCCCCUUAUGGGGUAUCCAAGAGCCCGUAUAGAGUCCUUAAGUGGGUUCCCUAUCGGUAGGAGAAAAUAACAGAGGCCAACCAGAGAAUAUUGAGAAGCAAAGCAGCUAGUAAGCCUGAUCUUUAUUAAACUGUUGCAAUAGGGUCCCUCGCUCACCACAUGCAGGAGGGAGGAGGAGCCCAGAACAAUGGUGUGCAAGCCCUUAUAUAGACUCUUUGAAAUUGCCACCCUGCAAGCUUAAGGCCAACCCCCAAUACAUCAUACAGUGGUAACUCGAGUUACAUACACUUCAGGUUACAUACGCUUCAGGUUACAGACUCCGCUAACCCAGAAAUAGUACCUUGGGUUAAGAACUUUGCUUCAGGAUGAGAACAGAAAUCGUGCUCCGGCGGCGCGGCGGCAGCAGGAGGCCCCAUUAGCUACAGUGGUGUUUCAGGUUAAGAACAGUUUCAGGUUAAGAACAGACCUCCGGAACGAAUUAAGUACUUAACCUGAGGUACCACUGUACAUACAUCACUGAAGGGGCAUUCUAUAGCAGAAAUACAUCAUACAUUCCUGUCUGGCAGGAAACCUGUUAAUGGUCACUGAUUGGAUUACCUGGGCAUCCUGGCCAUUCUUUUGUGAUGAUAAAUACUUAAUUCCUGAGUCCAGGUCACAGGCUCACCCUAUUCAUAUCUCAAAUGUGCCCUUAAGGCAGGAUUUGUAAGCAUAUAGACAAUGGGGAGUGUUUUCCCAUUUCCAUCCAAACUGCAGAGGAAUAUUUGUGGUCACUUGGAGAGUCAAAAUGGUUUCUGGCUUGUUCUCCUGUCCUAUUUCAGACACGUGGUUUAUAUACUUAUGUAUGUGUUUGCCUUGUACAUUUAUGAACAUUGAAUUUAUAUAUUUGAGAUCUUAAAUUCUUAUAACACAGCAAAACACCACUGGUCUGCAUAGCCAGAAUUUGGUCUGUUUGGUCUGCAUAGCCAGAAUUGUUUUCUUGGCUGAGCACUUCACUUUAUUACCACUAUUUAAUGAUUUCCACCUACCCCUUCAAGUUUUUGGUUGUUUUUCUUAAAACAGCCAUAGUGCACUGUAGAGCUAUGUAGAACUAUGCAUGGAAGAGGCUCCACAUUCUAUUUCUGGCAUCUCCAAGUAGAAAAACUGGAAAGACUUAAAAAAAAUAAAAUCUAGGAGAGCCACUACCCACCCCUCUCUCCCUCCCCCAUAUUAAUGGAUUGAUUUCCUUCCACAUCUUUGUACUAAGCUGAUGUACACAAUAUAGUACAAAGAGCUAAACAACAACAAUACCACCAGUUGAAAACACCACAGAAAAUAACAGCGAAUUGAUGGGUAAACAAUAAAAUGGUGCACCCACAGCAGAGUCCUAUUAGUUCAGCUGGAAAAUAGGUAUUUUGGCUCGAUGGCUUCUCUGUGUAAAGAGGCUGGAAGGCAAGGGAUGAAAUUUGCUAAGCUGAAACAAAACGUUGGAGCCAAAAUGAAUGCCAGGAGUAGGAAAGGAGCUAAUGAUAACUAUCUCAGAGGUAGCGCUGCGGAGAAGUAGUUCAGCACUAAUUAGUGGCUAAGACACACUGCACAGACUGAACAGCCUACAGUUUAAAUUAGCAGGUAGCAGCGGAUCAGUUAAGCAGAAACUUUUAAUUUCAUUUCUUGUUUAUAACUGAAGGUGGUUGGGGUGUGUGGGUGUGCAAUUUCAAAGUACUGCCUAGAAUGUCCACAAGAUGUCAUUGUCACAUUUAGGCUCUAACUCAGUUGCUGGCAAUUUGAUGGGUUUUGGUGGUGGUUUUGGCAACACUGCAGGACUGUUUGCUUCUCCAGUGAGAAGCAGAAUUGGCUCUGCUGUAAGGAUUACCACUAGAUAAUGCUUGUAAAAGAAUUUUGGACACUUGAAAACGUCCCACAAAAGCUAAGUAUUCUUACAUGUGCCCCAAAGUUCUGAGUAGUUACUUCCUCUAAGAAGUAACGUGUUUGGUAUCUAUAUAAGGUUUAGGUGUUUGGAGACAGAAACUUUUAUUGUGAGGUCUGAUCUUUGCAUUUGAACGCGGUCCUGACCACAGGCAUGACACAAGCAAAGUUUUCAAGGAGUCGGGACUGUGGGCAUAGCCAGGAUUUUUGUUAAGGGGGAAGGCCUUUUGUUGGGGUGGGGAGGGGGGGGCAAACCCUCAGUUAGCUAUGUAUUUUUAUUGGUUUUUAUUAAUUUAUUAAUUUAGAGAGCAGCUGACCCUCCCUCUCCCCCCUUGGCUAUGCCCAUGGUCUGAGCUGAGCAAAAUAAAGUGGUAUCUCGGGUUAUAGACGCUUCAGGUUACAGACUCUGCUAACCCAGAAAUAGUACCUCAGGUUAAGAACUUUGCUUCAGGAUAAGAACAGAAAUUGCGCGGCGGCGGCGUGGCGGCAGCGGGAGGCCCCAUUAGCUAAAGUGGUACCUCAGGUUAAGAACAGUUUCAGGUUAAGAACAGACCUCCAGAAUGAAGUAAGUUCUUAACCCGAGGUACCACUGUAUUGGGGAACAAUAAAUAGAGGGGCGCCUUCUGACCCUCAGUAUGAGAAUUGGACACAAACUUUCAUUGUCUUUUUCCCAGCUCACAUCACCGAGAGAAAAUCACUCACUGUAGCUUGUUUAGUCUUAUUUGAUCAGCUAACUCCCGCUGCUUGAUAAAACGGCACUCAUAAUUACACUUUAUGAUCUUGAACUUUUUGUGGUUGUUUCUUCAUGGACUGCCAAAUGAACGGAUGACCUCAACUUCAGUCAGCGGUAGACACAGCAUAACCUCUGAGUCGGAUCAAAUGAGCUGCUUAUACUUUCUUUUUCAUGAGAGCCACCCAAGGGAAUCGGUGGCAGAGCACGGAAGGAAGCUUAGUUGUCCUCUUAAUUGCAAGUCCCCUGCUUUCUAAAACGGGCAAUUCAUAAUCAACAAUGUUCUCUUAUGACAGACUUCUUCUUUUUCUAUUUAUUAUCUGCCUUUCACCGGCUGGUCCCAUUUCUGCCUCCGACCUCGGAGGCAGAGCACAGCCAUCGUGACUAGUAGUCAUUGAUAGCCAUAAACUCAAUGAAUUUGUCUUCUUUUAAAGACCUCUCACUUGGAGGCCACCAUUGCUUCCUGUGGGAGUGAGUUCCAUAGUUAACCUACGCACUACAUGAAGAAGUCCUUUCUUAUAUCUGUGCUGCAUCUUCCAAAGUUCAGCUUCAUUGGAUGUCCACGAGUUCUUGUGUUAUGAGAGCAGGGAAGACUCUUUAUCUACUUUUAUAAACUUCUAUCAUGUCACUUCUUACUUGCCUUUUCUCUAUAUUAAAUGUCUCAAAUGCUGCAGCCUUCCCUCAUAGGCGUGUUACUCAACCUGCUUGAUCACUUUUGUUAUGUACUGAAGUUCUCACCCUGGGCCAGCAGGGGGAUACUGUAGAUAGUUAUGCAAAUAAGGGAUCGAAAGUGACGUUCAGUGAUUGGGUAGUUUUAGAAAGUUGAUACAGUUACGUUGUACUGGAGCUCUAUAUAAGCAGGCUGACUGAACCCUUCAGUUCAGUUCUGUCCUGGCCUGUGAAUAAACAAGAGCUGUUUGAAGAAUCGCUGUGUCGUCUGAUAUGUUCACCCACAACUUAACAACUUUGGUUGCCCUUUCCAUAACCUUUUCCAACUCCACAAUAUGCUUUUUGAGGUGAACUAAAAGGCAAACUUUGAGUAUUUUUCAUAGAGGCAGUUUUUACAGCCUAUACAUAGUCCUUCAUUCCACAUAGCCCACUUGAUAAAAGUUUUAUUCUUAGCCUUAAAGACUUUGCAUCCCAUGUCAUCCAAAGUGCAUUUCAGCCUGGAAGUGCCUGCGCCACGUUGGUUCUUACGGUGUGUUUGUGGAAGCUUUGGCUGCUGUUGCCUUAAAUCAGGUCUUCCAUUUCAGAGCUCUGACUGCUUUUGAUAGUUAUUGCAGCUCAUUCACACUUUUGCUUGCCCCUUAUUUUGAUGUAUUUUGAUUGCAUUGUGUGCUGAUUAAUUCCCCUUGGUCCAAGAGCUUUUCUUGUUGUCCCACAGCUGUGCCUUGGGAAAAUCCAAUCUUAACUGGCUGAAUCAGAAGCUCACUAGCAAAAUAUAUCUUCGGAUUUCCCUCACAUCUGGCGAGAUCCAAUUCCAUGGGUAAGAUUGGAUUUUCCGAAGGCAUAGCCAUGGAACAAAGAGAAAAGCUGCUGAACCCAGGGGAAAUAAUAUACAAUGCGAUCGUAAUAUGGGGACGAGCCCUUAGUCUAUAAGAAGUACAAAUACAGAGGCAAAAUUGCAAUGUUCAACAGUGCUCUUCAGAAGAAAAAGAACUGGGCCCAAAUUGCAGGGGAUUGGACUAGUUGGCCCUUGAAGUGCCUUCCAACUCAGCAAUUCUAUGAUUCUGUGAAAUGUCUGCUUGGGUUUCGUGAUCUGCUUGACACACACACACACACACACACACACACACACACACACACCAUUCACGAGACCUGCUUCUCUAAGCCUCUCUUCUUCUUUGGUGAUUACUUGUAGCCAAGGAAGAUUGUCUUCCAUAAACACGGUUUUAACAAUGAAUCCGUAGGUGACUGUGGAGGCCAAUUCUGGAUCCACAUGUCCUUCCACAGUGGGGACAUUGGUUUCCAGACGGGAGUUGAUCACGCUGUGGAUUUGCCAAGCGUGCCUUCCUCUUAGCACAUUUCUCCCUUGCGUCCUGAGUUUGAGGGUCUUCAAAGCCCAUGACAACUUUGGCAAAGGCUGUUCUCCAAUUGGAGCGCUUGCAGGCCAGUGUUUCCCAGUUGUCAGUGUUUAUACUACAUUUUUUAAGAUUUGCCUUGAGACAGUCUUUAAACCUCUUUUGUUGACCACCAGCAUUAAGCUUUCCAUUUUUAAGUUCGGAAUAGAGUCGUUGCUUUGGAAGAUGAUCAUCAGGCAUUCGCACAACAUAUAACAUGCAACAUAGGUGUCUUCUCCAUGCGAUGGUUGACUGAGGAUUCAUGUUUUGUUCACAUACUGCAGCUGCCUGGAAGAGCACUACCAAGAAACAGCUCCCUGCACAGGUUGACAUGUGCUUCUGUGUGAGAGAGAAGGUGGCUUUUAUUUGGUCCUCUCCCGCAUGGGAGAUUUAUUAACACAUUUAUCCCCCACCUUUCCUCCCAGUAGGUCCAGGUGCUGUAUGUAUACUGUUCUCUCCCUCUUUAUUUUAUCUCAUGACAACCCUGUCAGGUAGGCUAGGCCAAGAGACUGCAUCUAGCCCAAAGCCCGCCUGUGAAUUUCAUGGUUGAGCAGGGAUUCAAAUUCUGGUUUCCCAAAUCCUAGUCUGACGCUCUAACCCAGGGGUCAGCAAACGUUAUCAGCAGGGGGCUGGUUCGCUGUCCCUCAGACCUUGUGGGGGGCUGGGCUAUAUUUAUUUUGGGGAUGAACGAAUUCCUAUGCCCCACAAAUAACUCAGAGAUGCAUUUUAAAUAAAAGCGCACAUUCUACUCAUGUAAAAACACCAGGCAGGCCCCACAAAUAACCCAGAGAUGCAUUUUAAAUAAAAGGACACAUUCAACUCAUGUAAAAACACGCUGAUUCCCGGACCACCGUGGGCCAGAUUUAGUCUAAUCAUUUAGAAGGUGAUUGGGCCAGAUCCAGCCCCCGGGUCUUAGUUUGUCUACCCAUGCUCUAACCCCUACAUGGCACUGGCUGAUAGUUACACAGCGCUGUCCAAAGCUUCCUAUAGCAACAAACUCUGCACAUCUCAUUUGCAGGCACAAUGGGGGAAAGCAAAAAUUGUGCAUUUUGCAUCAGGCCCUCCAACAGGCUUUUUAAAGGUACAAACCAGCUGGGAAUGGCAGUGGGUUAAGAUUGCCUCUGACAGCUUGUCAUUCUUGCCAGCAGCAUGUUUUCUUGCUCUUUUCUGAUUGUUAUUAUUGUAGAAGCCUAAAUGAAAUUAUCCUGGGUUAUAAUUUAAAUGUCAAAUGUAAUUACCAUAGCAAUGAUCUACUUGGCAGUGCCCUUCCAAUACACAGAGACAUCGCCUCAUUCUCCGGGGAGCAGGAGAAUUGGAGACGAGGUCUCUGAGGACAGGACCUGUGAACCCUGCGGAUGACAAAGCAGUGUGUCUUGGGAAUAAAUAUUGUCUAAAGUAGAAUCAGUUUAGAAUCAAAAGCAGAGGAACACUGGGUCUUCUUGUUGCUCCAUUGAUAAACGAAUGGAAUGCAUCCAGAUACAAAUCCUAGUAUGUGUGAGCUGCAUCAGUAUCCCAGGUCUCAUUUUAUUUUAUUUUAAAUAAAUUUAUUAUUAAACAAUAAAACAGACAGUACAAAUGAGAAAAGGGACAGACAUUAACAACCAAAAAGGUAUUAUGAAUUAAAUGCAAGGAGCUUGGGAAAAUACAAUCAAUCAGGAGUAAAUAGAAUACAGUACAUUGGGUUUUCUUACACUGAACAAUAAAGACAAGAAGAGGAAAAUGUAUUGUCUAUUUACAGACGCCGCCAAACAAAAUCAUAUUUCAAAGGGAUUUGCCACCCAUGUAGUUGUAUUGUCAUAUAGUUAAUAAAUAACUUCCAAACAGAGGUCAAGUCAGAAAUAUCAGCAUCAUCCCUAGCUGCACAAAUCGCAUAGAUCAAUUUCUCUGAGACAGCAAGGAACAUAUGUAACAUUUAUGAGCCCAUUAUCUAGGGUAUAACAUAAGGCAUCUCCUCAACCCUGAGUGAUUACUAAUUGAGCAGCUACCAGGAGCUAUAUAAUUAAUUGUUUACAUUUAAGACCUGCAUUACCUUUAUCAAUGACAGACAAAAUACGUCAUUUAGGAUCCAAUAUAAUUUUUUAAAAACCUAUUAAAUCCACUGGUUUCUGUAGUCACUUGUUUCCAAAAUUUAUAAAAUUUAGCAUGACUCCACCACAUACGCUAGUAUGGUCGCUGAUCCUCACAGCCCCAUGAGCACCAGAAGCAGCCUGAUUUUGUAAUAUGAGUCAGACACAGUGUGGUAAGAUACCACCAAUGAAUGACUUUUAAAGAAUUAUUCUGUAUGCUGACAGAAACCAAUCCAAAAUGGUGGGUGGAUCAGAGCUUUGUCCAUUGAGAUACUUGAAGUUUUCCUUUAAGGUAUAAUUGCCAUACCAACCUAGGUGUACCCUGGGGUGAAAAUUACAAUUGCAGAAGUAGGGAGCAUAUAAUUGACACCACCCCCUUCUGGGGAAAGAUAGAGGGUGCCAACACUUAUGAGUUCCUGUGUUUAAUGGAAAACCCACGUAUUCAAGCAGGCCUUUAUUAGAGGGCUAUUAGGGGGUGGAUUUUGACUGGAUUUUGACUAUUAUUGCUAUUACUGAUUUUGUUGUGCUUUUAACUGCACCUUUUCUUCUUUUUUUAAUAUAUGGCAGCCUGUGUAGAGAUUUUAUCUGUUAGUUUUAAUUUAUGCAAUUGCAUCCUGUCCUGUUAUUGCAUUGUAAUGAAGGGUGAGUUACAUAGGUGAACCUGGGACAAUGGAAUAUGAAAUGUAUACAUGACUGAGGGAAAGAGUAUGUGGAUAUGUGGGAAUGGGAGGGGGAGCUAUGGGUAGACAGAUGCAUGUCGAUGAGGUGACCUCAUCCACUUUUUGGGGUUGUCCCAAACCACUGCUGGUACGUGCCCCCACUAUUUAUCCCUAAGGGAAUGAGGUUGUUGACUUAAUUUUAUUCAUUAUUACAUUUAUAUCCCAGCUUUCCUCCAAGCUGCUCAGGUUGGCAUGCACACUUCUUUGCUACUCUCCAUUUCAUCACUGCAACAACCCUGUGAGGUAGGCUAGGCUGAGAGACAGUGACUGGCCCAAGGUCCCACAGUGGCUUCAUGGCUGAGUUCAGGGAUCUGAACCCUGGUCUCCAAGGUCCUAGUCCAGCUCAGGGGUUAGGAAUCAUGCUUAGUAUUCAUAAAGCCUCAGUCUCCAGAAUCUCCAGUUAAAGGAUCAUUGGAUAGCAGGACUGGAGAAAACUCCUGGGGAGUUGCUAUCAAACAGAAUUGACAGCGAUGGGCAGUAUAGACCAGUGGGCUGACUCAGUACUGGGCAUCUUCAGUACUUGAUCCUGUGGUCAAGGUGUGAAGCACUGCUCUCUGGAACCAGCAGCUGUGAUGGUUUCUGAAUAGUAGUUUGGGGAUAUUUCUUUAAAAGGUGACCUUGAAUCCUAAAAGGAGCAUGACUUUAAUAAAGCUCCUAAUUACCACUUGCUAGAAAUAGAACACCAGCACAGCAACCAUGUGACCAGAGAGCUGCCAUUAUUCUUGGCAGGCUUAUUUUCCGGCCUGAGAAAUGAGACCUCAUCUCCUUAGUAUUUCGAGAGCUCCCCCUUCUUCUUUGAAGCGACGGGAGGGUCUAAGAGUUGGAAUGUGAGCCUGUUGCUCAGAGACUCUGCAAGAAAAGGUUUUGUUAUGCAUAAGAGUCAGCCUGGCUAUUAUAUUAUCCCUAGUGAAACUAUUGUCAGCGAUAUAAUCCCUUUUCCUUUUAUAUAACUUUUUUAAAAAACAAGUACAGUGGUACCUCAGGUUAAGAACUUAAUUCGUUCUGGAGGUCCGUUCUUAACCUGAAACUGUUCUUAACCUGAAGCACUACUUUAGCUAAUGGGGCCUCCUGCUGCUGCCACCACACGACUUCUGUUCUCAUCCUGAAGCAAAGUUUUUAACCCGAGGUAUUGUUUCUGGGUUAGCGGAGUCUGUAACCUGAAGCAUCUAUAACCUGAAGCGUCUGUAACCUGAGGGUACCACUGUAUCUCACAUUGCAGCCUUCCUAAAGCACAGCUCAUUUGGGCUUUGCAUGUUUGUAUGGCAGAGGAACAGACUCAAGAUUUGGGAUUGUGAAAGAUGACCUUCAGUUCAUCACACAAUGGGCAAACCCAAUUCCCUUAAUUUGGUUUAGGAAGGAUCCAGGAUUGUUUUCAGUUUCAGGCCAAACUGACUUGUACUGUACAUUGGCAUCAAAAGCACAGGGCUGGCCUACCAUUAGCCAGAGCGAGAUAAUUGCCUCAAGCAGCAGGUGCUGUAGGGUGCUGAGUUCAUAGGCCUAUGUGUGCCACAUGAUUUGCCCUGCAUCCUGUAAGCCAACUCAGAUGCAGUGGAGGAUGCUGCCCCAUUGUUGGUGUUGAAGUUAAGGGUCUGGUACCCUCUGACAGGUUUGCUUCUGCAGAUGGAAUGAGGAGGGUGUCGUCUUUUCCAUUGCCUGGCAACAAUCCAUUUUGGUCCAACUCUACUAAAACAUCUCUGAGAGAUUCUCCAAAUAUUUAACUCCAACACUGGGUGAAGAGCCCUGACCAAGGAUUGACCUAAGUAGGAUUUAACCCCAAGUAUACAUAUUUAAGAUUCCACUUUGAACAUAGAAACAUUGUAUAGGGAGAACAUUGGGAAAGCUUGGUUUUCUUGGGUCCUUUGCAGAUUCAUAUGAUGAAAGAAGUCCUCACUUCUCACUAUCUUUGAUUAGCACGCUGGUCAGAAACUGAGAGGUUUCAGUCUCUAUCUCUCUUUUGGGUAUUAUUUCCUCCCUGGACAUCAAACACAUGAAGAUACUUGUUCAGAGCAACCCAGAAAAUCCAUGUUAAUAGUUUUACUAUGAGUGUAUUCAUAGUUCAUGCUGCUUUUUUAAAAAAUUGAAAAGUGGUUCAAGGUUCUGUUCUUGUUACCAUAACUUUUUUUCUGGAUCAACUGCUCAGUCUACUAAGAAUUCAAUACUGCUGCUUCCAAAAUGUCAUUUGACAUACUUAUGUAUUCUCUCUUGUGUUUCUGUGCUUUCUGGUCUUCUGUGAUUUGCUGAUUGUGUUUGUCUUGCCUGUCUCUAAAUUUUUUAAAAAGAAUAGGCUAUGUUUACAUUUAAAGAGUGGAAGGGAAGCCUCUGAAACUGAAAUUUAUGGAUCUGCUUAAAGCCCUUAAUGCUUAAGGAAAGAACUUUUGGGUUCGUUUUUUUUUAAAAAGGAAGUAGUUCAACCUGGAUUGAGGAUAUUUCAUAGCAACUGUAAUAACUGCAACCAUCAGUUAACAGCCUGCCUGUGGAUGGAAUUUAAUAUACAUAAAAUGGAUAAUAAUAAAAAAUGGAAGCAGGAUGAUUUAAGAGGUCGGGCAAGGCUUCAACUUAAAUGUCAGUGCAUUUUAGGUGAACUUUUACAAUUGUUAAACCUCUUGUUAUUCAAUCAGUUUGCCCCAAUCAGGGUUCAGAGCCCCAAUGCAUGAAUUUCUAAAUUACUUCUUCACAAAGUCUAAUGGCUUCUAAUCUUACAAUCAACGUAACAAAAUGAUAGCAAGCUUGCAAAGUGGAUUCCCCUCCAACUGAGCAUGACAUCCUCUGUAAAUUUCGAUACAUUUUUUAACUUUUAGCAAUGCGGUUUUAUUGUUUGAAGGUUUUUGUUAUUUAUAUUGAUAGUUUGAAUCAUUGGGAGGGUUGUUGUUUUUUUACCUUAAAAAAAUGUUGUUAUAAUGGAAAAAGAACUGCUCACAUGAUUAUAAAUAUUUUAACAUAAAUUAAUAAAUAUAGGGAAAGGCAGGGUAUUGUAAUAAGAGCUCCAUUGUGGAGACUUUGGCAUGGUGUUGCAUCACGACCAAAGCCGUUGACAUUUUUUUAGUAUUGAAGUUGCUGAGCUUUUCUUAGGAUUUUACCCCUGAAAUGGACUUUGGACAUGCUUGACCUAGGCAGUUGCUCUGUUGAUGGAUACCAAAGAAGAGGAGCUGUUUGUGAGGAUUCAGGGCUUAUCCACACAAGGGUUUACUGUGUGUUUGCAUUUGCAUGGUGGGGCCCCGAGCCCCACCCCAUUUCUUAGAGAAUGAAACACUCGGACACCAAUAUUUUGGGUUCAUGGGAUAACUAAGGCCCCAACUUUAUUGGUUAUAGAUGUGAGCAGUAUUGGCUUAGGCGUUGGAACUGAACCAACUAUAUCUGACUCCUGCCUGUCGUGUAGUUAGUCUAGUAAGGGUCAACCACCAGUAGGGGGAGCCCUGUUGAUGUAUUGUACAUCAACUGCAAGCUCCCUCAGGGUCACCGAUGGGGUCAUGGCAUGGCCAAAGCCCAUACCCGGGCUUCGGACAGGAUGCACACCCCAGAUCCCUUUAACGGAAUACCCUUAAAGAGGAGGAGCAGGUGAAGGCCACAACCUCCCCUCCCAUAAACCAGGUUUACCAAUGCCUAACCGCCAAAUCUUACAAAAUUGUGACGAUUGCUACAAGGCAGGCGAAAACCACAUGGCUGGUGCCAACUUGCCAAGUGGGAAAAUUCCUACCUGGCCCCCUCAACAGGCAAUAUUUCACAUAGUAAGGCCAAGAUGGUGAAUGCAUGAAAAUAGGGCGGGAGGGCAGGGGAUCUGAUGCAGGAGGAGAAAAGGAGACUGAGCCCCUGACUGCGUGGAUGUUUAAAUCAGGUAAGCCACGCCCCCUGGUCAACCAGAUUGGUCGGCUGUGGGACGUGACAUGGCUGGGACUCCCAAUGAUGCGGGCGGCAUCGCCACACCCCUUGCUGUACACAGGGAGUGCUUGUCGCCAACCUGCAACUCUGCUCCCCUGGGAAGGUUAGUGGUUUUCCAUUUAAUUUGCAUAGUCCACAUGAUGUUGCAAACCUCAGCCCUUUCCUUUUGUAAAUGUGGGUUUAUCUGAUAGAGGAAUAAUCUGAUAAACUGGGGAAAAUAGGACUCCAAACCACUCUACUUAAGGUUGCAGAACUUUUUUUAAAAUGUUUUGAAGUGGUUGGAUCAAUUGUCACUUUCUGCUAAGAACAUAAGAAGACCCUUGUGGAUCAGGCCAAUUGCUCAUUUAGUCCAACAUCCUCUUCUCACAGUGGCCAGGCAUAAGAGUCCUCUCCCUCUCCUGUGGUUUCCAGCAACUGGUAUUCAGAAGCAUUACUGCCUCCACAUGUGGACACAGAGCAUAGCUAUCAUGGCUAGUAGCAUUUUUCUCACUUAAUUUGCCAAUCCUGUUUUACAGCCACCUAGAAAACUGUACAAGGAAACCACAUUUCAAAAUCCAACAUGAGAUAUUGUGCAGGAAUCUGAGAAAUGUGUGCUGAAAAUUUACAGUUGCUUUCUUUUCUUUUCUUUUCUUUUCUUUUCUUUUCCUUUUAUUUUAUUUACUUAUUGAAUUUAUAUACCGCCCUAUACCCUGGGGUCUGAGGGCGGUUCACAGAACAAAUAGGAACAAAUCUGGGCUGUGCUCAUGAUUAUUUCUGGCACAAUAAUAGAUACAAUCUGGCUUUAUAGAUACAAUCCCUCAUAUUUUAUCUGUUGGAUUUGCGCAAAACGAAUUUACAAUUGUCUGACUAUGUGCUUUUGCACCCUUCCUGAAUAGAAAUUUUAUUUUUUAAAGGAUGCAUACAGCUAUCUGCACUCAUACCCUGUUGGUACUUAAUUGGUAGAAUGGAAUCAACAAAUGAAAAGGUACAGAAAAACAUAAAGGGAACACCUACUGGUAUGAAGAGGAAAAAGCCAAAUUGCUCCUCGAAAACUGAUUCAGCUACAUGUGGGUGUGGACUACUCAGACAAAUUUAAGUUUGCAACUUCUUGGGUUAAAAUUAAACAAUUUGCGACUUGGUGGGAGGUUAGAAUUUCUUUGCUCUAGCAUUUCAAUGCAUUCUACAUUUCCCCCUCUUAAGCUGCUGUAUUUUAAUGAGUCCCUGUACUUGUGAUGUACAUAAAAAAACUGAGUAGAGGAAGCAGCUGAUUCUCAUUGGUAGAACACUUGCCUUGGCUGUGUGGGUUCCUAAGUUUAACCUGGCAUCUUUAGUUAAAAGAUUAACACGAGGGUUUAAACAUUCUCUACAAAGCAUUCUCUAGUCAACAUUGCAGCAGUAAUUUCAUAGCAUGUUCAGUAGAAAUAGCUAACCAUUAAUUAUGGGAGACAGCAUGUAGUUAACGGAUGCAAACUGGUAGAUUCAGCAGCCAACUGGUUCUGUUGCUAUCUGUGCUUUUGCCAGUAUAGAGAUGCUGUUAGGCACGUUGUGAUUUCCAGCUCAUUUUUGGAACGUAAGUACAUAUGCAUGUUUGUGUGUAAAUAAAAGGCCUUGGGGAACAAGUGAAAUUCAACUUGUCACUUGUGACAGGAAGUAUUGCCCGGUGGAAAUUUGAAACCACAAUAUGUGGGGGAACACACACUCGGCCUUAAAAAAACUGCCUACACCUGUUCUGGGAAAUCAGACUGUGAGAACACUGUGGAUGUCUGGCCACCACAGGAAGUGACAGUUCAGAGCAAUUUGUCACAAAGGCUAACCCAAAAACAAGCCUGCGGAGACCUACAGUUUCUUUUCAAUAAUGAAUGCAGCCAUUUCCUUUACCACAUGCGUAGCCCAGCUGCUAGGGCAGCUCAGAAAUAAAACGUUUUGUUCCUGAGUCCAUCUGCAGUUCAUUCAUGGUCCCUGCACAUAAACGGAAACAAUGUGAACUUGCCCCUUUGAGGUUAGUCAGGAGCAUGAAUUAUGCACUGUGGUGAGUGUCACUGGCACAUUUUGCACCUCAAUUAGGGAUUGCUGAGUCUAGUCACAUUGACACAGCUUCCUUGGCGCUUCUGUUUCCAGUUGUAGUGCUGUGUUGAAUCAGUUUGCCUUGCAUUGUCGGAAUACAUUUAUUCCUCGGCCCAACAAAGACCAAAUCACAAAACCGUAUUCAGCAGGCAUGAUGGUUUCAAUAUGUCUUUGCAGCUCAACUAGCUUUGUCUUCAUCCAACCUAUUUUUGGAAGAGUUGUGUUGAGAUUGAUUUGGGGAUGAAUUCAAACCACCCUAAGAUGGAUUUACUCCACUGGAAAUUUGGAACUAGUAUAAAUCAUCCGGAUGCAGCAGGAUAGAGGACCGGGCUAUUUGAUUGGUUUUGUUUGUUUGUUUGUUUGUUUGUUUGUUUUGUCAGACAAACAUCAUUAUCAUCAAAUUAAAAGAGCCUUUUUCUAAUAUUUUAUUUAGUUCAAAUCUAAAUACCGUAUUUUUCACUCCAUAAGACACACUUUUUCCCUCCUAAAAAGUAAGGGGAAAUGUGUGUAUGUCUUAUGGAGCGAAUGCAGGCUGCGCAGCUAUCCCAGAAGCCAGAACAGCAAGAGGGAUUGCGGUCCUGCUUGUGGGUUUUCCAUUGGGGCAUUCAGCUGGCCUCUAUGAGAACAGGAUGCUGGACUAGAUGAGCCGUUGGCCAGAUCUAACAGGCUCUUCUUAUGAUCUUAUCAACAUGUCCAAAGAAGCUAAUGUAUGUACAGUAUAAAGAGUGAGGGGAAAGAUUCCUAGCGCCCAUUAAGUUGCAGAAGCAUCACAAAAGCACACAACAAACAGCUGAUUUAUUUGUGGAGAAGGUACUGUAUGUGCCUUGCUUCAUAUCAGGGCAGACUGGGUUCUAUUGAAUGAAUCUGAUAAAGGUUGGAGGCUGUGGAGGCCAAGGGAAGGGAGGCCGGUUGAAUAUGUAUGCCAAGGACUGAACAUGGGUCUUCUUUACUCUGCCCCUGCUUUUGUGUGGCUUUGCCCAUGAUUCAUUGACCCGCCACCAAAUUGCAUUGAACAAGCUCCCAUGAAUCGUUAAAAAUUGAAUCAAUGCCUUACGGAUGCGUGUGCUGGCAGGUUGCUCAACGUCACCCCUUCCUCUGCAGGAGUUUUGAAUCAUCAGCAAUCAUUUAACUGUCCCCUUCAGAGCACAUCUAGUACUACUGGGUCUUUUGAAGCUUUUUGUGAAGCACUGGCUGUGUUUCAUGAGUGACAACCAGCCCCAGUACUGUGUGGCACUAAUUUCACAGAUCAAGAUAAUUAGCAUCUCAAUUUCUGCCUACACAAACUCCUUUCCUCCACCGCCUCUGACAGUAAGGACUGGUUUCCAUGGAGCUGCUCCAUCCAUACCUUAGGAAAUCUCUGUCCCGCCCCACUCCCAGUCCCAAACACAUGCACCCAACUUCUCCCUAUGGGCAGAAUUUAUGAGGUUUCCAUGGAAACAUUGAGAAGAGAUGGACUGAGAUAUCUUCAGCACGUGCCGGUGGCUUCACAGAAGCCUUGUGGCUUUGGUAGUUGGUCUUGUAUGACUUCCUCUGUUGGUUAUUUCUGGGAUGUGUCCAAUAUAGUUGACCAAGAAAACCAGUUUAUGUCUGGUUAAGAAGUCACACCGAAAAUAUAAAAAGAGCAGUUAAGCAUCAAAAUUCUGUGAAACAGGGGAAAUUAAAUUUAACAGGCAGUUUUGAAUGAUCUAGGCUGCUAUUCCUUGGCAUGUAGCUUAGAGAAGCUGUGGAUCCUGCCCCUAGAUCGUGUGUUCCUGAACCCCUGUUACCGUGCUUGUUAAAAUUUUAGCUGCACUUGUGAAAUUUUAUAAUUGGCAGAUCAGCCUUUAGUCCUGUGGGGCUCAGGCCAACCAAUUUCUAUUCCAUUCCGGUAUCAUACCAUGCAGCUGAACAAGCAUUCAUUAGUAUGUAUGCACUAUAUUCCAUUUUUUUUCCAGAAGUCACUUUUAUGUUGUGUGAAAUCUCAAAUAUAACACAGAAAUUAGCAGUUAGGGAAACACUGAGGAAAUGCAAUAAAUGAAUGAAGUCUAAGGCAGGUUAUGAAGCUGGGUUCACUCUACAAGUUUUGACUUUACCCUACAAAACCUCACAUCAUUGCUGUUGCUAACCUGCUCUUCGCCCAUCCCAGAGUGGGUUACAACAAGUGAAACACAAUAUUAAAAACAGUUUAAACAACCUGCCACACCUGUACUUUAUCUCUUUGUUCUGAGUGUGUCAGACUGAAAUAGCACCCCAUCAAUUCCAAAAACUCUCAAUAAAUUUGAUUCCAGAGUUGCUCCAGCUAAAGAUCUAUAUACGUGUCAUAUUGCAUGGAAUCAUGACAAAUACAGCCCCAAGUAGCUUGUGGAGGCAAGACGUCUGUGUGAGCAAACUUUUUUUGGGGGGGAGGGGAAAUGAUGGGUGCAGCUCCUGGGAUUAUUAUUUUUUUAAGGUACCACACAUCUUCAUUGCUAGACCUCAUGAGGAAAAGAUUCUAUAAGGGGGCACUCUCAAUAUGCAUCUUCCUGUGACACGUUGACAAAUAGGGUCUGCUUCUUAAGAGUGGAGAAGUAGGAAGGUAAGUGAGUCAUAACUGGAGGUAGGAAGUGGAUUAAUUUUUGAGUCCAGCUGAUACAUCAUGGGGGAGAGUGGCAAGAAGAUAAGAUAUGUCAUUGGAAAAAACUGAAAUGUAGAAACACAUUGUUGAACUUAUCUGCACUAUAAAGACUUAAAAACAACAACUCGUCUUCCAUCUUCUCUUCAUGAGUGCUUGGCUUGAAGAAGGCUAAGGUUGCUUAGGAUAAUCCCAGGAAAAAAAUCAUUUUCAUUUCAUGUUGGUAUUCUGUAUUUAUAUACACUAAUUCUUUCUAUGAAACAGAUAAGGACGCAAUGAUACUGUCCAGGCUGAACCCCCCCACAACCUAUAAAGCUAGGUGUUACACAUUUGGGGGGGACCCUGCUAAACCCUAGAAAUUAAUAAAUAGUAGGAGUUUGAUUACUUGGAGUAUUGAAGGGAAGAUUGCAGGCCAGUGGAAAAAAUACAGGUUAAGCAGCUUCUUUUCCAAGACAGGGCUUGGGAUACAGGCAUUAACAGACAAAAGGUGUUGAUGGCCCAACUAAGAGGAAUUAUUCGCCGGGAAGACAGAGGUUGCCAUGGUGAUGGGUGUGUGUGCUUGAGGUGAUAGGAAAAGAGAUUCUUCAGAGCAAGGUGAACUGGGAAGAAGCAGAAGCGGGGAACAAAAGGGAAAGAUGCAUCUUGUGCAUGUGGCGGGCUGGAGAAGUGGCAUGGGGGGAGGAAUUGGAAGAAGAGGUGAGGGGAGGCCAAGUAGUCCUCCUCCCCACCCCCCAGCCCCAGUCCCAGCCCCAGCCGCUGCGCUUACCUUCCAAGGGGCUGCUGCCACUGCUGCCACCACUGCUGCUGCCACUUCUUCUUGUGGGCAGGCAGAGAGAGCUCGUCCAGUCCGCUCUCUGGCCCACAGGAGCACCAGGGCAGUGGCGGUGGAGGGAAGAUGAGUGGCGCAAAAGGACUGGCUCUGGAGAGGGGCUGCUUAAAAUGGCGCUCAGCCCGCUCAACCCAGCCCCCUUCCUCCUCUAGGCAGGGCGGGGAGAAGCCAGGAGGAGGGAGGGAGGAGGCGCUGCUACGGUGUGUGUGAGGGAGAGGGGGGGAAAUGGAAUGGUGCAGGGGGGGAAAUGGCGCAGCCUGAAUGAACAGAAGCCCCAUGCCAAUCCAUGGACAGUCCGUGGGCUGGAUCCUGAAGGCAAUUGGGCCUGAUCCGGCCCACGGACCUUAGUUUGCCAACCCCUGAUCUUGAGCAGGUUGGCUGGGAGAAAUGCUCUUUACUCCGGUGCUGCACUGUUGUGGGGAAACACGUCUCUCUUGAGAUGGCCAUGCCAUAAGACCUGGACUCCCUCCAUGCAGACUGAAGGUAUAAAUGUGUGAAUAAAUCAUAUUUCUUAAAGCUAUGACCGUCUCUGCUGUGUCUUCAAUUCUCCAAAGGAGCACAAACCAUGGGUGAGCGCCUGGAAGCCCCUGGAAUCUUUCUACCGUUUGGCAAAGAGUCGGGGGUGCCACCCAACUUCUGUAACACAAGGUUUCACCAGACCAGAUCAUGGAACAAUGAAAUGACCAACAUUACACAGGGGAAAGAGCUAAAUCUGAAAUUGCAGUUUUCAAUUCUGUGAAGCCAUAUAUUUUUAAUGUUGUGAAACAUGGCUCUAAGUCAGGGGUAGGCAACCUAAGGUCCUUGGGCCGGAUGCAGCCCAAUCGCCUUCUCAAUCUGGCCCAUGGAUGGUCUGGGAAUCAGCGUGGUUUUUACAUGAGUAGAAUGUGUCCUUUUAUUUAAAAUGCAUCUCUGGGUUAUUUGUGGGGCAUAGGAAUUCAUUUUUUCCUUUUUCCUUUUUUCAAAAUAUAGUCCGGCCCACCACAUGGUCUGAGGGAUGGUGGACCGGCCCAUGGCUGAAAAAGGUUGCUGACCCCUGCUCUAAGUGGUGAAACUUGAAUAUAAAUGCCUCUUAAUGAACCUUAUUUGACAACACCGCCUCCCCUAUCCCCCCCCCAUUUGCUGAGGAAUGGGAACCAGCAGUGUAACAACUUGACUACAGCUCUUUUUGACAAAUAUAGGACUUGCUUAAAUUGGGGGUCUCUUUAUUCCAGAGACUUGUUUCUUCUAGCUCUCUCUUGACACCAAUGAGGGCUGUGAUUGAUCAGUCAGCCUGGAAAUCAAACUCUAGCUAGGCACGUGCAGCUUAUAAAUGACAGAGACAGAGCGCUGAAAUAAGCAUUCCUCCAGGAUCUAGCCUCAGAAUAGAUUUGUGUGUUUUUUUCCUGUCAAAGAAAUGGGUUGAUGGAUUAUAUUUGCACAGAACCUUCAUUUGAAAAGGUACUGUCAGAAGCUGGUGGCUGGCUGUUUAGUUUUCCAUAAACAUAUGAAUGUCUAGGCAGGCAUGCAUUUAUGCCUCUGAGUUCUGUUUGCUUGUACAGAUGCAUGGGUUGGUUUGGCUCUCGAGAAAGCUUUAUAGAGGCCCUAAGAGCUAGCAAGAAUCUCUGGCACAACUGGAUGAGCAGGUGAUCCAAUAGGUGACAUGCCCCCUGGGCUCCUAUUAUAAAGGAAAGGGGCAAGCAGUUUUAGCAUGGUGAGUGGGAUGCAAAUGAGAACUCUGCCUUGGGGGCUGGGGCUGGACUGCCUGUUUGUGCUGGUGCUGAUAUCUCUGUGUCUUGGAGGAGGUGACAGUGAUGGCUUGAAGGCAGAUAGGGCACUGAAUGCCUCCUGAGCAGGCAUCGACUUGUGAGCAGAGGCUGGCAAGGGCAGAAAUUGAGCCCGGUGACAGCAGGGUACAGUGGCAUGAAGCAUGGGAUGGGGCUCACAUCUUUAUCACCAUCUUACCAUGAAGCUCACAUGACUUGUGUUUGCAACACCCAGGGAAUGAGCCUUACAGCUUUGGAAAGAGUAACUGACAAUGAGAAAACUCCUAAGUCAGUGUAUGUUCACAUUAGAACAAAUGUUAAGGGAACUGCGAUCUCUGAAAUAAGGUGCUUUAUUUGUGCUCUGUGCUCUUAAAAGAAGGGCCACCUGUUUGAACGGUUUGGUGGCCCUGUUGCAUGUGUAGAUUUCCUUGCAGGCCUGAGGUCUUCCGAAUUUUCUUCCGGUUCCCCCUUUUGCUGCUGCUGCUGCCGCCGCUGCCGCCGCUAGAACUACUGCAGUACAGUAGUUGCUGCUGCUCGGAGUCUCCUCUUGUGCCUCUUGAAACGCCGCAGUGAGCUGUGAACUGCUGCAGUUUCCAGACAGAUUAGGGACAGUUUUAUUAAUGUGAACGGCAGAGUUUUAGCUGCAGAGUUUACCAUAUAGCCUGCUUUGGUCUCUCUCUUCCUGUUGCUUUGACAUCAAGAGCUUGGGUCGAGGGGUAGGAAAGGGUGGGUGUGAGAAGGCCACCAGAAGAUUUUUAUCUGUACCUAUUACUUUCUUUUCUUUUCUUUUUUAAGAGAGCCUCCGACAAUCUGGUGAUUUCCUUAUGUCACCCACCCGGUUCUCUCUCCCCGCGCUCCCCUCGCCUGCAGAUAGUAUUUGUUAUCUGUGCGUCUCCCCCUUUGGUUAUUCCCUGUAGCUUCUCCUCCAAGGGGAUGGGAUGAAUCCAAUGCUGUGCUUUAGAGGCUUCCCAGAUGAAGACAGCCACAGAAGACUGCCUAUGCUUUCGGCUGUUAAUUUAACCCCGUAAGUGCUGAGAUAUUUGCUUUUGGGGAGGGAGGGAGCCUUUCAUGAAAUGCAGGUGCUGAGCUUUAGAGGUAUAGGUGGGGUGUUAUGGGACUCUGGUUAGCGCUGCCUUUCGUUAUCACAAAAGAUGCAAGACUGUGCAGAAGUUGAACUUUGAUGCGGAUUGGGUCCUGUCUUUGAGCAUGUGCCAUUUGGGAUGUCAUCCUCAAGUUUGUUGAGUGUGUGUGUGUGUGUGUGUGUGUGUGUCAGUCAGGUGCCUAUAAGGAAUACACAUUUCUGUGUAUUCUGUUCAUUUCUGGUGAAUCUGGACUAGGGAGUUUAACGUGUGGGUCAUGGUUGUACUACAAGUUGUUCUUUCAAAAGUGAUGUUUCGGUAUGUUGGCACUAUUGAUAGUGUCUGUGCCAUGAAGCAGUAUUGACAUUAAGUAAUAAACCAGCUAGAUGUUUGAAUAGCAACCUAGCUGGGAAAUCUGUGACAUAGGAAUGACGGGCUUAGGGCUUCGCUAGAAAUUUAGAAAAGAAAGUCUUUUUUGAACAUUUGUUGCAUGGGAGGUGGUGAAAUGAAAUUCUCUUGAUAAAUAACGGUGUCAAAAAAGAUAUUCUGAAAUUUUUGAAAUGGCGUUGCUGCUUAUCUUACUUAACCUUAGAAAAGGGACUGACUUUGGUAAUAUGGUGCCCUGAGCCAAGACAAAAUUUGGUGCCCCCUCCCAAAUAUUUCUCAUUUUCACCAAAAAAAUCCUUUUGGUACAGAUGCUUUUUGGUGGAUCUUUUCUGCAGGUACCCAUAUAAAUAUAGGAUUACUACUACUACUACAACUAUGCUAUCAUCAUCAUUACUAUUUUGCACCCCCUCAGCAAACUUUUUCAGCAGGGGGCCGGUCCACUGUCCCUCAGACCUUGUGGGGCACCAGACUAUAUUUUGAAAAAAAAUAUGAAUGAAUUUCUAUGCCCCACAAAUAACCCGGAGAUGCAUUUUAAAUAAAAGGACACAUUCUACUCAUGUAAAAACACACUGAUUCCCGGACCGUCCACGGGCCGGAUUUAGAAGGCGAUUGGGCCGGAUUUGGCCCCCGGGCCUUAGUUUGCCUAGCCAUGCAUUAAUGUAUCAGUUUAGGUGAGUUUGCCAUGCCAGAUAAAGUCUACCAACCAUGCAUUGCAGCCUGCCAGGUGCUUGGUGAUUCCCCCUCUCUGAUUUUGCAGUUCUGGGCCAUCAGCCAAAACAGAAAGUGUGCGGAGGCCCUGGCAGGCCACUAUACAGUAUACAACUGAUGGACUGCAUCUGGGGGUAGAUCUGCAAUCAGGGAAAGACAGCCCUUACUCGCUCAGCCUACAGCUAUGGCACAGUACUGGUGCAGGAACUGAAGCCAAAAAUAAAAUUAUUCCUAUUUUUUAACCGUUGCUUGCCUGUUUUAUGCCAGCUGGGCCAAUCUUCAGACUUCAGCUGGGCUGCCCUUCUCCCUCAGGAUGAAAUACAGAAGGAAAUUCUCUGGACCAGAGGUUCCUAAACCGUGGUCCGUGUGAACCACCAGUGGUCUGCAAGCUUCAUCAGGCUCCGUGGCAUGUCUGUGUUAAAUAGUCAUACUGAUUUUAAUUGUAUUUUAUUGCUUCUUUUAUUUCUGAUAUUGCAUUUAAUUGUUUUACAAUCAAAUACACAGGAGAUAAAAGAAGCAAUCAAGUAAAAAUCCAUUUAGAAACCACACAGCACAUUACAGUUGUUACGGAAGGCAGGAAAAAAAUAAUUAAGUGGUUCACCAAAACCUUCAUCAAUUUUCAAGUUUGUUUGGGAGCAACAGCUCUCAAUUUCACCUUAAGACUUGUCAGUCUCAGAUUUAAUGCAAGUCUCCACUUUGCAAGUUGGCUGUUUCUCUCAUGUUUAGGAGCAUGAAUGACAUCAUUCAACCUUAGCUCGUUCUCUCUUUCUCUCUCACACACACAUGCAGAAAACAGUUAUUUUCUUCACCCCUCUACACAUGGGGUGAAUAAAAUACUUGUUGCAUUUGAAGCAGAACUUGCUAGACUAUCCCACAAAGGUAAAACUCUGGGCCGCAAAAUGCUUUGCAUUGAGGAUCUAUGUAAAGCUCUGGUUUCUUCAUCUCUAGAUUCGUUCAAGUUUUUCCAAGUAUCCUUCAAAUGAUAUCACCAUCUUGCGCCAAGAUUUUUGUUAGAGGGGGCCAGGACUUUUGUUAGGGGCACAGAACUGAUGUGAUUUGGCAGUUAGUUAAGUACCGUAUUUUUUGCUCUAUAAGACUCACUUUUUCCCUCCUAAAAAGUAAGGGGAAAUGUAUGUGCGUCUUAUGGAGUGAAUGCAGGCUGUGCAGCUAUCCCAGAAGCCAGAACAGCAAGAGGGGUAGCUGCUUUCACUGCGCAGCGCAUCCCUCUUGCUGUUCUGGCUUCUGAGAUUCAGAAUAUUUUUUUUCUUGUUUUCCUCCUCCAAAAACUAGGUGCGUCUUGUGGUCUGGUGCGUCUUAUAGAGCGAAAAAUACUGUAUUUCUGUUGUUUUGCUUGAUUGGGGGGGCAGUUGUCCCUCUGCCUCCCCUGGCUACGCCCAUGGCAUCUUGAAUUCAGACAGGUUAUAGUAAAAAUAAGAUGAUAUGCAAACAUGUCUCUUUGAUAUUAUAUUGGUGAAAUGUUUAGCAGUGUGUCAGGUCGAAAUCUGAACUUGUUUUACGGCUGGAUUGUUAGGUUGUGGUUUGGCAUUUUGGAAAAUCGGUAACCAGGCAGAAAGUAGAAACCCAAUGUGGAAGCACCAGUGAAUAUUUGAAUGGAAUAAUGAAACAAUGGGUGGUGGGAAUGAUGACACAGCAGGAUUUUUGUUUAAAUUGUUGUUGCAUUUUGGCAUUUGAAAUGUUGAUGAUGUAGGAUGUGCAACUGUGGCUGCUGUGGUAACAUUUCAGCAGAUGACUGGGGCUGCUACUAAAGGGAUGUAUUCUCCAGAGAUCAGUAUCUUUGCAGAUGCAGCUGAAGCAUGUAAAUUAAGAUGAAGGUGAUAAAAGAGAGCCUUAUUUGCUGCUGUGGCAAAUAUACUGUCCCUCACAAAUCACUGCCCUAGGUUGCCAUCUAGCUGUGCCUAGUAGCUAGAGCCACACUGGAUGAGUGCCACUGCUUCAAUGUACCAAGCUGAGCCUUUCUUUGACUUCCUUUAAACUUUAACCUAUGUCCUCCUGUUUGUGCCUGAUUUGUUUUCAGACCUGAUGAUAUUAUAGGCAGAGAAGAGGAGUUGUAGGAAUUUGGCAUUUUCCUCCAUAAUCGAUCACAGUAAUUGUGGGAGUAGAAAGAGAUAUCAGUGUGAGCGAGAAUGUCCUUACAGAAAACUUUGCUGUCUGGAUUUCAGUAGAACAUUUCAGCUGCUAUUAUUAUUAAUGUAUUAAAACGCUAUACUGCCCUUCAUCCAAGGAUCACAGGGCAUUUUACAAUACAAAAACACAAAAAUAUACAACAUAGUAAUAAACUAAACAUCUCCCAUAUUUCAGUGUAAUAUCUAGUGUUGUGUGGAUGCUGAUGUUCUCUUAGAAUGCAGGAGAUUCAAACAUAGCAAUCUUAAAUAAUUCAACAGUUCUGUACUAUAUAUAAAGAACAUCAGAUACAUAAUUCAUCCCAAAGCCUUUACAUUUUCUUGAGACUUGCAUAUGAAAGAUUGCUCUGUGCAUCACCGCUCUUGGAAUGUAAACCAAAUGCUCGUUGUCUGACUUUUAUGGGGCUGCAAUGGUUAAUUGUAAAUUGAAGGAGAGCAUUGUUGCAGAUCUGCUGGUUCUUGUUUUCAAGCCGUUCUGCUUUGUCAAAUUAUUCUGUAAAAGUGGAGUCUGGUGCGGGGGAAAAGAGCAACACAUGUGCAGGCUAUAUCACCGGUACCUGAACAGCUUGGUCAACAAUUUGCUAAUAGGCUUCUCUGGGAGAUGUGAAAUCCAACGUGCUUUGAAUCUCUGAAAUCCCUUGUGCUGAUAAUCAGAGCCAGAAACUGGCUAGGAAGGAAGAUGGACAAGGAAGUCCAAGGUGGGCUAAAGGAGGAAAAGGCGAUCGCAGAGAAGCUGAACGGAUUCUUUGCAUCUGUCUACACAGCAGAAGAUGUACAGAAGAUCUUUAUGAUGAGUUUCUCAGGACAGGAGUCAGGAACUGAGACAAGUAGUGGUUACAAGUGUUGAAGUUCUAGGCUGUAUUGAUAAAUUGACAACAGGCAAAUUGCUGGAUUUGGAUGGGAUCCACCUGUAAGUUAUUAAAUAACUCAAAUGUGGCAUUGCUGAUCUUUUAACAAAAAUAGGUAAGUGGUACCUAAGAUCUGUACCUGAGAACUGGAAAGUGCCCAGUGUAACACUCAUUUUUUAAAAGGGAAAUUACAGGCUCAUUAGCUUAACUUUUGGGACUUGCAGACCAGGCAGGACCAGAUGCAAACAUGAGCAGAGCAAUUGAUGGCACUCCUGCCUUGGCCAUGCAAAAAGUUUAUAUACACAAACCACACAUCUCUCCAUCCUCUAUCCAGGCAAGCAGGAGGCAUCAUCGCAGUUCAAGGGCACAUUCCAGUCAGGCAAAAAGAAUGUCUGGUCUGUUGUUUUCUGUUCCUUUUCCAGUCUGCAGUGUCCUUUAGAAAAUGAAAAAACACAACCAUGAGAACUGUACAUAGUCUUCUAAAUGCAGCCAAGCUAUAGAUUCACACGAAGGCAUUAUGAGGAGGGCAGAUUUAUUUUCAGUCUGUUCCUAAUGAUUCACAACAUGAAAUUUGCUAUUUUCUCUUCUGCUGCACACUGAACUGCCCACCAUGGCCCUCUCUUUCCUGGAUUAGGGAUUUGGCUCAAAGUGCAUCUCUGUGUACUUGCUUACAGUGAAUUGUUUCACCGUUGAUCCUUUUGUAUGCUCCCCGCCUCCCAGUCUGUUUUGGAUUUUAGCAUCCUCAAUUAAUUGGGUUCCAUUUGCUGCUUAACUGUUUGCUCCAAUUCCAGGUGGCUUAUGAAUCUUAAAUAGCACUUUUUCAUCCCAGUACAGCUUACUACCCACCAGUAUCACCAGUACGUUGAUGAGCUCCAACUCUGUCUCUCUGUUCCAUCAGUACCAGGAGAAAGAAUGCAAGUACAGAACCAGCUGGAUGUGUAAUAGGCUGGAUGUGGACCAAGAAUCUGAAGCUGAGUUCUGACAAUAUAGAAUUACUAUGGGUGGGUGGUUCCCAUGUCAGGAAAGUGGCAGAAUGACCUGUUCUUAAUGGGGCUGCAUUCCCCUUGAAGGAGCAGGUGUGUCGUUUGGGGGUGCUUCUGGAACCCAGAUGACCUCAGUGGCUAGGAGUGCCUUUCCCCCUGCUUUGAUAUGUGUGCCAACUAUGGCUAUUUCUAGACAGGGAGAGCUGGCCAUGGUUAUCCACGCUCUGGUAGCCUCCAGCCUGGACUAUUCAAUCAGUCAAAUAUUCAUUGCUGUCAACUAGCCAUUCAGAAGAGGACAAAGUAUAAAAAGUACAUAAUCACAGCCUCAGAAGAACAGAGGUGACAGGUUCAGAGCUAAGAAUUAUAGCAAGUCUAAGAGACAUUCAGAUAUUUUGUGACCUGUUCAGUAAUGGAUUUAUUAGGGAACACCCCCCCCCAAGGAAUAUACUGAAAUAGGUCUCUAAGAAUUGACCAGAAAACUGUCUAACCCAGGCAUGAUGGUGGUGGUGGAAACAAUGUGUUCUCUGAUGCCUUGAUACAGGGGUUGGCAAACUUUUUCAGCAGGGGGCCGGUCCACUGUCCCUCAGACCUUGUGGGGGGCUAGACUAUAUUUCGGGAAAAAAUAAUAAUGAACGAAUUCCUAUGUGCACUAUGCACACCAGGCAGGCCCCACAAAUAACCCACGGAUGCAUUUUAAAAGGACACAUUUCAUGCAAGAGCACCAGGCAGGCCAGACAGUAUUGUAGAUGAUAAAAAUAAAAAUAUUUUUUUUUCUUACCUGCACUGAUGAAAGUCAUUGUUUGGAUGGGGGGUCCUCGUCUGGGUUUGGGGCUGUGUUGUGACCUGCUGGGCCUCCUGCUGCCGGACCUCUUCCACACUUUGGGGUGGGAUGGGGGCCCUCCCGCCGGCAGUGGGGGCCAAAUUGCUGCCGCCCCAGCAGCUGGGCAAGCACCAUACUGCAGGAAGGUCUCCGGAGGCCUUUUGGCAGUUUGGAGCCUUCCUGCCGGCAGGGGAGGCUAGAUCGCCGUCGCGCAGCCAGCAGGGAGGGCUCCGGACUGCCCACAGGAACACCAGGGCGGCGGUGCGAAAGGGCUGGCUGGCUCCAGAGGCACUGCUCAAAAUGGUGCUCAGCCAGCUCAGCCUAGCCCCCUUCCUCCACUACGCAGGGUAGGGAGAAGGGCGGGGAGAAGCCAGGAGGAGGGAGGGAGGAGGCGCCAUGGUGUGUGUGUGUGGGGGGGGAAAUGGCGGCGCCCCCCCAAAAUUAACGGAAGAAAUAGCAAAGAGAAUCGCCAAUCCACGGACCAUCCCUGGGCCGGAUCCUGAGGGAAAUUGGGCCGGAUCCAGCCCGCGGACCGUAGCUUGCCGGCCCCUGCCUUGAUGGAAUUUACAGUAGAAAAACAUAUACAAUAUCGUCUAGUCCAGCCCCCUGUGUUGCAGUAAUCACAGAUAAAGAAUCCAACCUCUGCUAAAAACAAAUCCAACCCCUGCUUGAAAACUUCCAAUGAAAGACGAAAACUUCCACGAUCACUUCCACUGUUGAUGAGUCGCUUCCACCGUCGAAGAACUUUUACCCCAGAAAGUUCUUCCUAAUGCUUAAUCAGAAUCUACUUUCUUGUAAUUUGAAUCCAUUGGUUCGGGUCCAACUCUCUGGAGCAGCACAAAACAAACCUGUUUCAUCUAAAACAAGAAGCUUGCUCCAUUUUGAAUUUUUAGAAAUGGUUCCUAGCCUUAAUUUAGGUCUCUAGAUGACUGUACCAUCACAAAGUUAUAUAUGAAGUAGUAGGAAAACAAGGCACAAGAGAAUUCCAGUCAUGACAGAAUAUAAAAAGAGAGGCAAGCUAUUUAUGGUAUCAGUUAAAGGCAAACAUGAAAAGAAAGCUCUUCAGAGUCCAUCGCCUAAAUGCCAGAAUUGAAGGGCCAGGGCAUGUCGGUUGGAAGGUAAUUCCAUAGAUUUGGGGCUGGAACCAUGAAGGCCCUAUUUCUUGUAUAUUAACUAAUGUUAAUAUACAGACACUUGAGAAGACCCCAUGAGCUUAGAGGCAGGGGUAUUUGGGUGAAAGCAGUUUUUUAAGUAAACUGGACCCAAACCAUUUACAGCCUUAAAUGUUAAUCUCAGAACUUUGAAUUAGACCUGGAAAUCUAUUGGUAGCCAGUGCACAAGUGGUGCAAAAUUGGAGUACAGUGGUACCUCUGGAUGCAAAUGGGAUCUGUUCCGGAGCCCCAUUCGCAUCCUGAAGCAAACACAAUCCAUGUCUGUGCGUGUGCGCGGGUCGCGAUUCGCCACUUCCACGCAUGCAUGUGACGUCAUUUUGAGCGUCUGCGUGAGCGGCGAAACCCGGAAGUAACAUGCUCCGUUACUUCCGGGUCGCCAUGGAGCGCAACCCGAAGACGCUCAACCUGAAGCGUAUUCAACCCGAGGUAUGACUGUAAUGUGUUUGGAUUUUCUGGGUCCCCCGUCAGUACCCGUGUUUUGAACCAGCUGUAGCUCCUAGACCAUCUUCAUAAGCAGCCCCAUGCAAAGUGCAUCCCAGUAGUCUAGCUGAUACUAUUUCACAGGUUUCUUGCUCUUUUUCUUCUUUGCUUUCUCUACCAGCUCAAUUCCUAUUCCCCCGCCCCCCAAAAAGAAAAGUGCUGCAAUCAGAAUUAUGUAAAUUUGGCACAUAUAUGCAAAUAUUUUCAAUCUGCAUAACUUCUUGAUACAGAAUUAGAUUCCUUGAUGCAGGCAUCUCUUUGUCGAGAAACAGAGCAUGCAAUAACCCUUUGAUGACUCAUGUGUAUGUUUUCAUCUGUGUUCCCAAACUCCUUUCUCAUCUUCCUCACCUUGGUACUCUCUCAGAUAAUCAAGUCUUUUCAAGUGAGUCACACGUUUCUGGCUCCGUCUGACAGUAAGCGGUGCUUGGGUUCCCAUUCAGAAAGUUGCAGCUGUCCAAGAAGCAGAAUGUUUCUGCAAAGCAGAAAUGGUUAUUUUCUCCUGCUUUAAUUACUGCAAUUACCCCAAAGCACGCUUUGUGCAGAAGAUGGCAGCCAGAGCUGACACCACGGUCGGAUUUCCCCACCUCAUGGGAAAUGCCGGAGGCCACAGCUGUGAUACUUUGUCAUCUCAGGGCAAGCGUCACAUUCCAGAUUUGAGUACUAAUUUCACUGCUUCCAUUGUUUUUCAUUUCUGGGUUUUGAUUAGGUACUUCAGUGCUUCUGGAGUUGAUUAAUGUCUGUUUUUAUUUGCAUGAUGGAAGCCUUGUGGAACUCUGAAGCAGAUGCUCCUUAGGCCACAACCACACAAUAUAUUUAAAGCACUGUGAUGCCAUUUUAAACAGUCCUGGCUUUCCUGCCUUCCUCCCCCCUACUUGGUGGGCUGCACUGGCAGUGUCCUUCCCCUCCCUCUCUCUCAGCCUGCCCAACAAAGAGAAGGGGGCACCACUGCCUCCCCAGCCCUGAAGGCCUGGCAUGAGCAUGGCUUGUUGUUGUUUAGUCGUUUAGUUCUGUCUGACUCUUCGUGACCUCAUGGACCAGAGCACGCCAGGCACUCCUGUCUUCCACUGCCUCCCGCAGUUUGGUCAGACUCAUGUUUGUGGCUUCGAGAACACUGUCCAACCAUCUCAUCCUCUGUCAUCCCCUUCUCCUUGUGCCCUCCAUCUUUCCCAACUUCAGGGUCUUUUCCAGGGAGUCUUCUCUUCUCAUGAGGUGACCAAAGGAUUGGAGUCUCAGCUUCAGGAUCUGUCCUUCCAGUGAGCACUCAGGGCUGAUUUCCUUAAGAAUGGAUACGUUUGAUCUUCUUGCAGUCCAUGGGACUCUCAAGAGUCUCCUCCAGCACCAUAAUUCAAAAGAAUCCAUUCUUCAGUGACCAGCCUUCUUUAUGGUCCAGCUCUCACUUCCAUACAUCACUACUGGGAAAACCAUAGCUUUAACUAUACGGGCCUUUGUUGGCAAGGUAAUGUCUCUGCUUUUUAAGAUGCUGCUUUUUAAGAUGCUGAGCAUGGCUUACCUUUCCCCAGCUCUGGCCUUGAUGAGGGAGCCUGUCGUGAGGCCCCUCAGAAAUUUGCGCCCGUGAAGAAAGAACUCCACCCAAAGAAAAACGGAUACUGAAGAUGAUGGGCUAUGCGGAAAUGGCAAGGCUGACCGGGAAGAUCAGGCACCGAGAGGAUAACAAAUUCAACAAAGAAUGACAUAACUUUAUAGAAUAUAUUAAAGAACACUGUAAAAAAAUUUAAAACAUUAGCAGGGUUGAUGUAGAGCACUUGCAACUUAAAACGACAAAGGAUAAAAUUGAAGUAUAAUAAUUUAGAUAAAUGUAGUUAGAUGCAGUUAAAAAGGAAGAUAAAUUUUGGAAGCCAAGGGAGGGGUAGGGGGAAGUCUGGAGGUUCAGGGAAUCCCAUAAAGGUACUGAUAUGGACUAUGGUUUAAUAUGAACAAGUGUGUGUGUGUAAAAAAUUAUUUUUUUGAAACUUUGAAUAUAUAUAUAUAUAUAUAUAUAUAUAUAUAUAUAUAUAUAUAUAUGAAAUUUGCACCCAGGACCAUGGCCCAGGGGCGAAACUAGGCUUUAUUUCACCCAGGUCAAAGACCUGGUUUGGCACCCCCAAGUGCAUUUACACACACGCACACACACACACACACACACACAGGCUGAAAGCCUCACUGGCUCCCCUCUGGCCUGGAGGCUUCAUCCAGGGCAAAAUCCUUGGCAAGCCCCACCCCCCAGCUAUGGCUCUGCCUUGGCCCCCCUAUGCUGUGCCACUGGCUGUGAGGGGGUGUGGUUGUGAAUUUGCCAAUACACUACUGGCAAUAGCUUUAACAGAGAGGGCUGGCCCCUUAGCUGUUAUCCCUGAGCUUGUACUGAUGUUACUUCCUUGUACAGUGGUACCUCAGGUUACAUACGCUUCAGGUUACAGACUCUGCUAACCUGGAAGUAGUACCUCGGGUUAAGAACUUUGCUUCAGGAUGAGAACAGAAAUCGUGCUCUGGCGGCGCGGCAGCAGCAGGAGGCCCCAUUAGCUAAAGUGGUGCUUCAGGUUAAGAACAGUUUCAGGUUAAGAACGGACCUCCGGAACAAAUUAAGUUCUUAACCCGAGGUACCACUGUAUGCCUGGAAGACAUCAUGCCAUAAAGUUUUAUAAAAUGACCUUCAAUAAGAUCUUUUUCUGAUCAGACUAAAGUAAGAGACAUCCUCUGCCGAACAGUAAUUAAAACCGUGUCCCCUCCUCAGUCCUCUAUGCACAUGGCUGAUUGUAUCUCAAGCUCCUUUGCAUGUGUUGUCUGCUAACACCUACUCAUAAACCUUUGUCCCCUUCAAAUGCAUCUGAUAUAGUCUCAGAACACCCAGUACUGCCGUAAGAAAGAAUAUGACUGGUCUCUUUCUACCAUGAUUAAACCACAUAGUUGAAGGAACGUCAUCAAGAGAUGGAUGAAUAGCUGUUAUGUGGUUGAUUAGAAAUCCAAGAUAAGUUGCUGAGAAAUAUAUGAAAGGGAUGCGCACUCCUCAGCUAGAGGUUAAAGCAAAAAGGGGAGGAAUAAUGGAAAAUCUGUAUCAGGUGGAGGAGCUUUUCUUGACCUUCCUCUCUAGAAUGUGCGUCAAGCAUGGCGAGUUUACAGCACACUGCAAGAGAACAGUAACGAUUCUCUACAUCUGUACCCUGGAGGCUUGAAGCUGAGAGCCUUCCAGAGGCAAGAUAAGAGCCUGCUUCUAGACUUCAUAUUAGCACAUGGUUGGAAACAAAUGUGUGUAUUUAGCAGGGCGGGAUUUAGGUUUGAUGAGGCCCUAAGCUACUGAAGGUAAUGGGGCCCUUUAUAUGUCCAGCUGUCCUUUGUCAACAACAAAUUGUCGCUGUUUUUUGUGUUGAAUAUAUGCUAUAUGGUAAUUUAUGGACCUAAUACGUUCAUGCACAACACAAAACACUGUUGCUGUAUGUAGGUUUUAUUUUAUCUGUUUUUUAUCUUAUAUUUUGGAAAUGUACAUCCAAUUUCCCCCCCUUUUUUUGGCGGCCCCCAAGAGAGUGUGGCCCUAAGCUAUAGCUUGUUUAGUUUACACGUAAAUCUGGCACUGUUUAGAAACGUGGAUCAAAACAUUCACCCCUGUGCUGGUCGUUUUGAUAGAUUAAAAUAGUGAGAUGGUUAUAACACUCCUAUGCUCAUUAUGAAGGUUGUUUUGAGAGUACCCUAGCAACUACUAUUAUGUAUGGUUGAAGGUUGGACUUCCCUUAGUCCCCUUCAGCAUAGCCAGCAGCCAAGGCUGAUGGGGGAGAAAGUCCAGCGAUGCUGGAGGACAACACAUACUGUAUUCAUUUACUCAGAAAUCUUCCUCUCUUCCACUGAUUAAAAAGCCAACAGGGCAAUUGCUCUUUUGGUUAAAGAUAUACUAGAGAAGCAUGAUGGUUCUACAUACAAUGUGUUAUCAACUUGUCAAAAUGUACUGUUGCUAACACCUACCGUAUUUUUCGCCCCAUAGGGUGCACCGCCCCAUAGGACGCACCUAGGUUUUUUUUGGGGGGGGGGAAUAAAGAAAAAAAAAAUAUUUUCCCCCCAGGCACGGGGCUGGCGCGGGGGAAGCCCGAGCUCCUGACCCCAGCCCCGAGAACAGCCUACUAUCCGCAAGCCUCGGGAGCCCGGCGGGAAGUCGCGCCGGGCUCCCUAGGGUUGCGCAGAGCUGCGCAAAGCCCGGGACUGCAGGCAGCUCUGCGCAGCCCUCAGGAGCCCGGCGCAACUUCGCGCCAGUCUCCCAAGGGUUGCGCAGAGCUUCCUGAAGCCUGCAUUCGCCCCAUAGGAUGCACACACAUUUCCCCUUCAUUUUUGGAGGGGAAAAAUUGCGUCCUAUAGGGCGAAAAAUACAGUACUCAUUUAAAGUCCUGAUUUUAACCUCUGAAGCCUCGAACAGUUUAGGUCGAAGUUAGUUGAAGGCACAUCUAACUGCGCACACAUCAGUAUCGACAGAGGUCCUCCUCAUUUGCCUGCCACCAAGAUCAAUGAAAUUGUCUUGCAUGAGCAAAAGGGCCUUUUCAGUGGUGUCCCCCAUGCCUUUGGAAUUCAUCACCAGCUGACUUCUGAAAGGCUAGCACACACACCAGUCCUUCAGAAGGGCUUUGAAGACCUAUUUGUUUUGUGAGGCCUACACAACAAAUGGCAUUUGGGGUUUUACAUUCUGGGAUGUGUGACUUUUUAAAGUUGCUGGUUUAUUACAGUUGUCAGUGCAUUGCAGAAUUUAUUUUUUAUCACAUUUUUAUUCUGUUAUCGCUAAAACUAUAAUUGCAGUGUUGUAAACCACUCCGAGAGAAUUUUACAAAAUGCAUGUGUCAGGGCUGCCUCAAGUCUCAGCCCACAAAAGACCAACGCCUAUGCCUUCUUAUAUACAAAAGUGUUUAUUGCAGUUCAUUGUUUGCUUGACAUCCUAGGCGCGCAGCCCUACGUCUGCUACGCUUAGACCGCUGAAGUCCCCUCUGAAUCCGUCCCUCCCCUGCACCAGUUUAAGAGGCUUGCGCUGCUCCACCUCUUUCUCUCUUUCCUUUUCCGCAGGGUCCUUCUGCCCGCUGGGGUUUCGCCCCUCCUGGAUUCCUCUGACGCGGAAUCAGACUGCUCUUCCCCCCUCCUGCGGGCUUUGGGACCUGGCCCCUCCUCCGGGCUCCCUGUACUUCCGCGCGCCUCUACAUUUGAACUUGGCGCGCGCCCAACCUCUAACCUUCCUUUCAACAGCUACACUACUCCCUUCACUACUCCCUCCCCUUCCGGGAGGAUGGCUUGCUCCGACCUCCCUCCUUUCUCUGCUGCCGGAGCCGCUUCCCCUGAUACACUGAAACCUCCACCCCCUUCGCUGCACUCUGGCGGGGAGGCUGGUCCUGACACCCAGCUGCCACUUUGGGAUGCCCCGCUGCCCCCCUGCUCCUGACACGUCCCCCCUGGGGCUCCCCUGGGCUUGACCACCGGCGCCCCCCUUCUGGGAAUCCUCUGAUUCGCUGGAAAGACUCAUGGAAUCUCUUGAGUCAUUGUCAUCCUCUUCCUCGCUGUCCUGGGAUUCAUCCCCAUCGCUCUCCAUCUCCUGCCUACCCUGUGCCUCUGUCCCUGAACCCCUGACAGCAUGCAUUCCAGUCAGCAAUUUGGAAUCUGAAAUUUAAAAAAUCUGUAAUCUAGAAAGGUAUCUGCUAGCAACGGAUAACUUAGCCCAAGGGGAAUGUUAGCAGUAUAUUCAUUUUUUAAAAAAGUAUUAGUAAUUUUAUUAUAAUUCCCCAUGCCUUUUAGUAUAGAUCAACCUAAACAGGAACAUAGGAAUACAGGAAGCUGCCUUAUAUUGAAUCAGACCAUUGAUUCAUAUUGCUGGCAAUGGUUCUCCAGGGUUUCAGACAUCACUCACCUGAAGAUGCCAGCGAUUGAAUUUGGGGGCUGCUGCAUACAAGGCAGGUACCCUUACCCCUAAGCUGCGACCCUUUCCUGAAUAAAUGCAGGGAUGAUAAAGGGGUCUGUUGCAAUCUAGAUUGUAUAAUAGUCUGACUUAAGGCUACAGGACAUUUCUGAGAACAGGAGGAAGAUGUGCAAUCAUUUAAGAUUGCACCUCUUUAAGACAGUACCUCAGGUUAAGUACUUAAUUCUUUCCGGAGGUCUGUACUUAACCUGAAACUGUUCUUAACCUGAAGCACCACUUUAGCUAAUGGGGCCUCCCGCUGCUGACACGCUGCCGGAGCACGAUUUCUGUUCUCAUCCUGAAGCAAAGUUCUUAACCUGAAGCAAUAUUUCUGGGUUAUGUAACCUGAAGCGUAUGUAACCUGAAGCGUAUGUAACCCGAGGUACCACUGUACACCAAGGGCCUUUGUCUUCAGUUUACUUAUUUGUCUACAGCAAUAUUGAUGCUUCCCCCCCUUUUGUUUCAGUCUUGGACUAGAGCUCAUCCUGUCACACUUUUAAAUUAUACCGAAAAUGUAAGGAUCACCAGCUUUUUGCAGAGCAGGGUAGAAUAGCCAUGUGCAUAAAGCAGGGCUGCUCUCUUCAAAUGCAAUGACUGUACUGUCUGCAAUAACUGAGCCACCAGAGAGCAGCAGUAGGGAGGUCUGGACAUACUCUGGGCAAGGACGAAAACAGCGAAACCAGGAAAAGUUAAAUGAGGCGACUUGUGUACAUCAUACAAAUUAAGUAACUUUACAUAUGCUGUCUUCUUUUGCAUACUGUUCUCAUCCACUUGUUACCUGCUGUUUUUAAUGCUUUAUAAAAUAAAUAUUUGCCUUCCAUUGGGAAAUGCAAAUAGAUCUAUGGGCACACACUGAAGCCCCAUCUCCUAGGUACGGGAAAUCCUGUGUCAGGCAUUGCCUAGUUAAACGAUGGAACUUGCUCCCGCAGGAGGCAGUGAUGCCAUACAACUUAGAUGGCUUUAAAAGAGGAUUAGACAAAAUCCUGGAAGAGAAGUCUAUUGAUGGCUACUAGCCAUGCUGGCUAGGCUGUGACCCUAUGGUCAGUGGCAGUAAUGUUACUGGAAACCUCAGGAGAGAGUGCUCUUCUGCUUGGUCCCUGCUUGUUGGUUUCCCACAGGCAUCUGGGUGGCCACUGUGAGAGCAGGAGACAGUGGUAAGUACUUAAUUUGUUCUGGAGGUCUCUUCUUAACCUGAAACUGUUCUUAACCUGAAGCACCACUUUAGCUAAUGGGGCCUCCUGCUGCCGCCGUGCCGCUGGAGCACGAUUUCUGUUCUCAUCCUGAAAUAAAGUUUUUAACCCGAGGUACUAUUUCUGGGUUAGCGGAGUCUGUAACCUGAAGCAUAUGUAACCUGAAGUGUAUGUCACCCAAGGUACCACUGUACUGGACUACGAUGGGCCACUGGCUUUUCUUAUGCUCUUUUGUGCUUAAUCACACCAGUGGCUUUUUGCAAGAGUUUUCCAGAACCAUAUACAGUGUCAGCAACAGAAUUGAGAUGCCACUACAAUGAAUUCAGCUUGACUUUUUAUGUUUUUCAUUUUAAGAUGAAAUUGGGGGGGGGGGGUUGACUAUAUAGAAAAGGCCACUGCAUAAUUCAGAAUGCGGCAGCCAAACUGGUGACUGGAAAUGGCCGCUGAGACCACAUAACACACCGGUCUUGAAAGACCUACAUUGGCUCCCAGUACGUUUCUGAGCACAAUUCAAAGUGUUGGUGCUGACCUUUAAAGCCCUAAAUGGCCUCGGCCCAGUAUACCUGAAGGAACAUCUCCACCUCCAUUGUUCAGCCUGGACACUGAGGUCCAGCGCCAAGGGCCUUCUGGCGGUUCCCUCAGUGUGAGAAGUGAGGUUGCAGGGAACCAGGCAGAGGGCCUUCCCGGUAGUGGCACCCGCCCUAUGGAACUCCCUCUCAUCAGAAGUCAACAAUCUUACUUUUCUAAAAGACACAUGAAGGCAGCCCUGUUUAGGGAAGUUUUUAAUGUCUGAUGUUUUAUUGUGUUUUUAAUAUUCUUUUGGGAGUCACCCAAAGUUGCUGGGGAAAUCCAGCCAGAUGGGUGGGGAAUGAAUGAAUAAAUAAAUGAAUAAAUAAAUAAAUAAACCAUCCAACUUUUUCAGACCCAGGACACGCAUCUUCUGUGAUGUGCUUCCAGGCAAGUCACAUGAUCCGUGCCUUGCUCUCACCCCAAAAAUGUACUUCUUUCGGGGUGAGAACACAGCACAAAAGUGCAGAACGCAAAGUGGCUGCCACGAUCUUGCACAAAAAAUGGGAUGUCCUGUUUUUUCCUGGGCACUUGACAGGUAUGCCACUGUUAAUUAUACUAUUCAUCUUCAGCACAUUAAAUGUUUAUGAUAUAAGAUUUGCCUUUCUGUCCUUUCCUCAGUCGCAGCCACACAAAUAGACCAUAUUUCCAUUAUACAGGCACCCACAUAGACACUCUUCGCUAUCCCUGUGGGAAUGUCUGAGGAAUAACUUAUUGGUCUUUGUGAAAUUAACUUUUGAGAUGAAUAUUUGCCUCUUUACUUUCAUUUUUAAAGUGUAUUAAUACUCACGGCAGUCAAGAGAACCCAAGGCACAGCUUAAAUAAAAUAUCAGAAAUCCAAAGUGUGAAAAAUGAUGCUUGGCAGCACUUAAUAUCCUUUACGUGUCAUCCAUUUUAUUUGCCAGCGCUGCUUGGGAUCCUGCUUUCUUUUAUAUCAACACGCAAAAGUGGAAGGGGGAAAUGAAGUGAAUAUUGCAUACGAGGGUUAGGACUGAUUCUAAGACAUGAAUCUGGAUGCCACAUAGGUCAGGUGCAGCACAGAGGCCUGGUUAUGUAAGCUACGACAGGCACAACAUCACGUUUGUUCUUGAUGUACAGCCUUAGAAAAUCUAUGACCUUGUUUUGCCAAGGCUGACAGCCAGCAUAUUAAUCAGUGGUUAUUAAUUGCCAUAGUAUUCGCCUAUGGAUGUGAUCUGGGAAUGAGGCAGAAAAUGCCAUAAUGUUCCUGAGUAAAUCACAUGGCUGCACAGUUAGUACUUCAAAAAGUUCUGGCCAGCCUCCCCAAAAGCAUCUACUGUGGUCUGUGGAUAAGGGAACGCUGGAUAUUAGGAUGCUUCAUAUUUAUGCUAUGGCUCAAUACCAAGGGGGUUAAAAGAACAUCACCUCUAUCCCAGAUAGUAAAGAUAAAGGGACCCCUGACCAUUAGGUCUAGUCGCGGACAACUCUGGGGUUGUGGCGCUCAUCUUGUUUUAUUGGCCGAGGGAGCCGGCAUACAUCUUCCGGGUCAUGUGGCCAGCAUGACUAAGCCGCUUCUGGUGAACCAGAGCAGCACACGGAAAUGCCGUUUACCUUCCUGCCGGAGUGGGUACCUAUUUAUCUACUUGCACUUUGAUGUGCUUUCAAACUGCUAGGUUGGCAGGAGCAGGGACCAAAAAACAGGAGCUCACCCCGUCACAGGGAUUCGAACUGCCGACCUUCACAUCGGCAAGUCCUAGGCUCUGUGGUUUAACCCACAGCGCCACCUACAUCCCUCUAUCCCAGAUACUGUACCCUUAUUUUAGCUCCUGUGACGUACACACCCAUACAUUCUCUAGAGGUGGUCCCAUAGCGUGAAGACUGAAUGAAUGAGGGCUGGCGAGAAACAAUGUUUCUACCCAGAAUUUGUGAAACAGAGAGACCAGUCCUAUGUACUGUACAGUGGUACCUCGGGUUAAGAACUUAAUUUGUUCUGGAGGUCUGUUCUUAACCUGAAACUGUUCUUAACCUGAGGUACUACUUUAGCUAAUGGGGCCUCCCGCUGCUGCUGCACGAUUUCUGUUCUCAUCCUGAAGCAAAGUUCUUAACCUGAGGUACUAUUUCUGGGUUAGCGGAGUCUGUAACCUGAAGCGUCUGUAACCUGAAGCGCCUGUAACCUGAGGUACCACUGUACAAGAAACUGGUGUAAGUUAAGCCAGUGUAAAGCUAUGCCAGAUCUAAACCCUGUUCAGCAGUGAGGCUGCUGCUGCACUGACUAAUGCUGCCAGGUGGAAAACAAGCCUUUAAAAUAGUAAUCUGCGCUGGGUUGGCAGGCCAUCUGACCAAGCUAAAUGGGUUUAGGGUCAUGUCCACAUUCUGCUCCUGCCACCCUGCCAAUAUAUCCCUUUUGUGGACUGAUACCAGCCUUGGCUCAGCCACCUUAAGCUUGGCUCAACUAGGGAGAGCAAGUUACUCCAGGGGACUUAAGGUUGGGGACUUAGCAUAGAACUGCCCCUAAUUCAAAUAGAAACUUAUUUGUGAAUUUAUCAAAUCUAAUUUCUGUUUCAUUUAGAGUAUUCCUUGCUGAUGUCACUGAUUCUACUCAGCAAAAAUGAAGAAGAAAGUGCAUUAAAGAGUAAUUGCUUAGUAAAAGUACUAAAGUACUAAAGGGUAAUCAGGCACUGGCUGAUAAGGAAUGGAAAGAUGCUAGCUUGCUUAGCUAGCAGCUUGCUUUAUCUGGUUGCCUCGGCAACACAGGAGGAGGUUGCUCUUUGCUAUCCAUGGUUGUGCAACUGUUUCCGUCUACAUACUGCAGCCAGGCAAAGGGUCAGCAAUGGGCUUGUUCACAUUUGAGCAUUAUUUAGCUGUUAAUCCACUUCCCCCCCAUUCGAAUUAGACUGGAGUAGUCCACAGUCAUGCAUACAGUAUUGAGAUUUGUACAUGAGAUGCAGCUGGGGUCUUUCUCAUUCCCAUCAGUGGGUCUUCCUUCUUGUGUUUGUCCCUUUCUUCUGAUGUGUUGAUUAUGCUGUGCUGAUGGGGCAUGCACACAGAUAACUGUGCAUGUACCAUUAUUAUUAUUAUUAUUAUUUGAAAAUCUACUGAGGAAGUGCACAAAAGCGAUAGUCAGCCAUCUGUCUGUCUGUCUGUCUGUCUGUCUAUCUAUCUAUCUAUCUAUCUAUCUAUCUAUCUAUCAUCUAUCAUCUACAUUCAGGAGCAUGCCAGGAAUACUUACCACCACAUCGGUAAAACAAAUAAAAGCGAUUGUAAAUUCACAGCACACACUUUUCAGAUAAAUUUGCCGCUCAGUAUCUGGUGUUGACUUUUAAAUGUGGUUUGUGCAGUUUCCUGGUUUUGUGCAAAUCUGAGGGAUCCAGGGAGAGAGAGAAAGAGGGGGAGAAUGGCUUGGAAGAGAAAUGGAAGCUUAGAAAGAAAGUAGUGGGUACAGCAAGAGGAGUAGCAGAAAGUGACGUUUGAUCCACCCAUCCAAAAACACAGAAACAAAUUGUCUGUGGACCCAAGUGGAUUGGUUUGGAGCUUGUUUUCCUCCCAAUUUAUCCCUGUAUUCAUAACUCAUCCAUGUCAAGUGAGUUUCCUCUUUGCUUAAGAACAUGAGAUCUGCCUUGCUAAAACAGACCAGCAAGUGUGUUUGUUCAGCAAAGUUCACAAGAAUCAUAGAACUGCAUUCAAUGACCUUUUGAAAUUAAUUGACCUAAAUUAGUCAUGUCUGUUAAUUUCAGCAGGUCUACUCUUGAGGAUGACUAACAUUGGGUGCAAUUCAUGGCAGCUAGCAGUUGCAAGAUGGUCCUCUGGAAACUGGCCAAUGCUCCACCAGCAGACCACAGUCUACCAUCACCACAUCCAUUGGGUCUUUUGGCCCUUGAAAUCACCCUUAAUGUUUAUAAUAGGUGGAUUAAACAGUUUUUAGAAGUUAUUUGCUCACCCUGAACCUGGAUUACCUGCGUCAUAAUAACAAAAUACACAAAUUUCCCAUAUACUUCCCAUUUUGAAACUAUUUCCCAUUCUUUCAAGAGUCUGCAUGGUGCAGUGGUUACAGUACCACACUAGGACAAAAGUUUCAGUUCUCUCUCAGCCAUGAAGCUCACUGGGUGAAGCUUGGACUAGUAACUAUCUCUCACCCUAAUUUGCCUCUUGGGGUUGCUGUUAGGAUAACACAUAGUAGGGUUUCACCCAUUAAAUGAUCAGAGCAGCUUGAUAAACUUGUGCUGUUAAGAAGGAUAAAUUAUAUUGAUAUAGGGCUGCCUAACCUGUGCCAGGUAACUAAAGACAGAGAAAGGGAUUGUGGAUUCAGAGAACAGUGAUGCUGGAAUAUUGGAGGACCAGGUAACGGGAACUCUGCCACAUUCCUAUUCCAGGGAGGUGCCCUUGGCCCUACUGUACUACAUUGGCUAAGCUUCUGCAAUAUAGCUUGUACGUGGCUUCCCUGGCUGUUCUGUGGGGUGGGUCCCCCCCCCCAUUUAAACAAGUGAGUGCAAGAGGAUUUUUAUUUUUCACUUGUCUGUAAAAUAUUUCCCAAGCAGCUCCCUUCUGAAGAAAGAGCUGGAAGAGAAAAUGCCUUCUCUGCCACCCAGGCACUUAACUCAUUUCGGAAAUUUUCUCUAAUGGUCCCUCUGCUGAGAUUGUGGGUAACAGGGACAUGAUGGAUAGAAGUGGAAUUUAGGAAGCAAUUUCUACAUGCUUAUUACAAAACGAGUUUACCCGUUGGAACUGUCUGCCUCCUUCCCUGGCUCUGUGGCUCCUGGGAGUUCAGAACAAGUUUUAAAGAUUUCUGCCUAUUAGCUCUGUGCAGAGGGGAAAUGAGAGCAAUGGCUCCCUUAUGGACAUGGCGUCUGGUGCCUCGCAUGUUACUUGGCACACUUCCCAUCUUUGCAAAGGAAAAGCCCCGGCAGUUGAGAGUUCAGCUAAAGGGAGAUGCUUAGGAUUGAUUCACAGCCAUCCCUUUUGUCAACAUCUGCUUCAUCUGCUUAGCAAAAUGCUCAUCACUUGAAAGCUGCGGCUGCACUUGAUGUGUAAAAGGAAACUCGCAGUUGCGGAAGGGAGAACAUCCCAGAUUUCACUGCCAAGGAAGCAGACUGGCAAGAUUGCUAGAAAACUCCCCAAGCCCAGAUUAAGUAAGGCCCUCUUUUUUGCACAAGCAUUUUGGGUGGAAUUUGAGUCAGAGCAGCCUUUUCCAUCUCUUGGUGCUUUAUUCUGUUUAGUUGUUUGCUUAUUUGUUUGUUCCUGUUGUUAAAUGUUGUGUUCAUACGCUGUGCAAAUUAUUUUCACACUUUUGAACACGCCAUAACCUUCCGAAUACGAGGAGUUAAGGAAUAUUUUUAAAUAAAGUAAAAAUCUGAGCAGAAUACAGUGGUACCUCGGGUUAAGUACUUAAUUCGUUCCGGAGGUCCGUUCUUAACCUGAAACUGUUCUUAACCUGAAGCACCACUUUAGCUAAUGGGGCCUCCCACCGCCUCACAGUUUCUGUUCUCAUCCUGAAGCAAAGUUCUUAACCUGAGGUACUAUUUCUGGGUUAGCGGAGUCUGUAAGCUGAAGCAUCUGUAACCUGAAGCGUAUGUAACCUGAGGUACCACUGUAGUCAUAUACAGUGGCCCCAAAUGGCCUUGCAUUUAGCCAUAGGUGAUAAGGUGUAGCACCCUGCUUGUGGUUAACGCUUAGCUGGAAUGAAAUAUUCAACGCAGCAAUAGAGAAAUUAAAAUAAUAAUUUAUUUGUCAGACAAAUAAAUGAUAGGCACAGUGGUAUAUGGUUACCAAAGCUCUGCCCCCCUCCAGCCCUGAUGGCCAGCACUUAUAUUUCCUCAGCCCAGCCCCUUGCUCCUCCUUUGGCUGCCUCUGUCCAAUCAGCCUGGUUGAAAUUCCUAUUGGCUGUUUGCUAGAACCAAUCAUAAAAGAUACACCCAUUUCCUAUUACCUUUUAUGGGAGACAAAGAGCUAUAUUUCCUUCUAUCCAUAAAUGGCAGACAAGUAGCCAUAUAUCUUACAUUUGCCUCGACAAGGCACAUUAAUUACUAGAUCACCUUUUGCCCCUGUUGUCCCUGCAUUCCAAAACAAAUGGCUAAAACAAAUGGCUCAUGGUAUUAAAUUCUAUCUAAACAGAGAUCUUGGGUUCACAUUCUCACACACCAUCAAUGAAAUAAGAAUCUAACAUAAGAAUCUAACAUUUCUUACUUUCUAAAUCCUUUGCAUAAUUACAUUAAGCCAACAAAUCUCAUACAUAACAUAGAUAGCUUUUUAGAUGAAAAGGCCUUUGCAAAGUAAAAAAGGAACUCAGUAAAAACAGCUUCAAAAGAAGCCUCUUCAGUUUACACCCUCCUUUCCCAGCCAGCUGCUUUUCCCAUUAGCUCUUCCCAAAAUUUAUUGCCCUUAAUAUGGCUAGAGUCUGAUGGGAGGCACAUGGUACUAUUUUCUGUUAAACAAUAAAUCUUACUAUUUACCAACUCUUAAUUAGUGUUUUUGCAGCUUGAUUGUAUUCUGUAAUAUGUAGGGUCAGUGUAACAUUUGCUCCCAGCCUGUAAUUCCCUUUUACAACUUUGAGAAACUUGUCUCCUGCUACUGUUAUAAAUCAGGGGGGGCCCUUGUUCAGGAGAGCAGGGAGAUAAACAACUGCCAAAGUACUUAGCCAGCUGGUUUCUGCCUGGCAUGAAACAUACAAACAUUUGCAAAUAUAUCUUUAAGCUCAUUUUAAAAUACAGGCCUUGAUCAGAUGCCUCAAAGGAAUUGCAUGCACAUGUUUAAGUGGGGUGAUGGAGGAACAGGGGUGGUCCACCCCAUUUCGCCACCUGAGGCAAAAUGGGUAUGUGCUCUCUCCUGCCCCCAACCCUCCUGGAAUGCCUCACCCGCACCACCAUUUCUGCCACUGCCAGAACCCCGCUUUCACUGAGUUUCAGUAAGGGUUUUGCAAGGCCUUGCCACUCAACUUCUCCACCCUAGGGGCGGGGGAAAUGAUCAGUAACAUGGCAUGCAGGAAUGCCUCCCUCUUACUUAAACCUGGUGAGGGGGGCUGUUCCAGUAGGAGCGGAGUGGGUGGGGUGCUGCCUCUGUGUUUCCGCCACAUGAGGCAGCUGCUUUCUUCCACCUAACGGGUGGGCCGGCUCUGUGGAGGAGGGAGAAAGCAUAUUGUCCAUCCUUCCACCCAGUAUAAAAAUGUAGUGAGUUUAUGCAGCAGGGACAAAUUCUCUCUGCUCCUCUAUCUAUCAAAACAACACACACACAUUAUAUUAAGGGAAACAGCUUGCAGAAGUGUCUAUAUUUUACAAAAUGGCAUGGGAAAAUGUGUAUAUUAGGAGAAAUUUGCACUGAAAUGCAGAAUAUUUUUUUAAAAAAAAACAACAACACAAAUUGCUGCAGAAAUAUGGAGAACUAAAUUUAAGACCAGAAAAAGCAGAAACAGGUCCAUCCAUUCCUAGGUACAAGUUAUAAGAUUUGUGUGUUCUUUGCGUGGGCAACUGGCUUCUCUACAGAAGGCUCCACUGACCAGAGCUACCAGAGCAUGCAUUUUCACAGAACAGGAGCAAAAUAUGUGCUGCUCAAAGACCUUUUGUACUUGCAAUCUGGUUCCCGUGUGAUUAAUGGUGUGUGCUAUGAGCUGUGACCCAAGCUGAAAGUACUAUGCAGGUAUGAGAGAUCUACUGAGUGCUCAAAGGAAGGGCAACCUCUCCUCUCUUCAGAAAGCACCAGAGUGAUACAAAAACCCAGGAAGCAAAUGUCACCUCUUAAUAACUGGGAUUGUAAUACACCCAACAGUAAAAGAUGCUGUUCCGAGUUGUACAGAGACUCUGAUUUAUUGCAGGCUACGAAGCAAAAUGCACACAUCGUGUGAGCAGGACACAGGGCUUGCCCAGAUUCCUUUUGUUCUUCCUCUCGGUUUGUCUUUGGUUGGCUGUAGUGAGAUUCGUUUAUAUGUGUGAGGGCGUGGAUUUUUGGAUCAGGUUAGCCAUAUUGAUUCGUAUGCUCUCUGUGGAUUCUUGUAACUGUCUUGUUGGGCUAUGUAUGUGAUAAAGGGGAACCAUACCGGAGUGAAGGCGUCGUCUUCUAUUUGUCCCCACGUCAGUUUCAGUUUAUUGGCUAGCUUUUCUAGUAGUAGUAGUAGUAGUAGUAAUAAUAAUAAUAAAUUUUAUUUAUACCCCACCUUCCCCAGCCAAUGCCGGGCUCAGGGUGGCUAACAACCAAUAAUAAAAACAAGUUGAAUGAAUACAACUUAAAAACAAGACUAAAAUGCAACAUUAAAACAUUAAAACAUUAAAAUGCAGCCUCGUCACAGGAGGAGAAAGGAAAAAAGAAAAAGGGGGAGGGAAUCAAAUUGACUCCAAACCAAAGGCCAGGCGGAACAACUCUGUACGCUGUUUCCCAUACAAUUUGAUACCAUUGGUCCAUGUUUACUCCUAACAGGUCUCUACAGUGUCUGGCUAUGAUUCUUCUGGCUGCUGAGAGUAGGUGGGUUUCGAGCGCUUUAUAAUGUGAGUGGGCGUUAUUAUCUUGGAAGAUGUUCAGUAGGGCCAGUUCUGAGGUGACUUCUAAUACCUGCUUAGUUAUUUUGCAUGUUUCUUGCAUGACUGAUGUCCAGAAGAGUUGGAUUUAGGGACAUUCCCACCACAUGUGGAGGUAUGUGCCUGUGGAGGUGCAGCUUCUCCAGCAUUUUGGUGAUGCUCCUGGGCGUAUCAGCACCAGUUUCCAUGGUUUUAGGUACCAUCUGUAAGUGAUCACUAUAUCGCUAAAGGCCUUUACAAUGGACAACAGGGAAUAAAAGGAAAUUUUCAUCUAAAAUCAUACAACGUAACCUAUACAAGUUUACAGCAUAAAAAGAAAUUUACGACAUUGAAAGACCUACUUUGGCUCCCAGUACGUUUCUGAGCACAAUUCAAAGUGUUGGUGUUGACCUUUAAAGCCCUGAAGGAGCGUUUCCACCCCCAUCGUUCUGCCCGGACGCUGAGGUCCAGCGCCAAGGGCCUUCUGGUGGUUCCCUCAUUGCGAGAAGCAAAGCUACAAGGAACCAGGCAGAGGGCCUUCUCGGUAGUGGCGCCCGCCCUGUGGAAUGCCCUCCCAUAAGAUGUCAGGGAAAUAAACAACUAUCUGACUUUUAGAAGACAUCUUAAGGCAGCCCUGUUCAGGGAAGUUUUUAAUGUGUGACAUUUUAGUGCAUUUUUGGUCUCUGUGGAAGCCGCCCAGAGUGGCUGGGGAAACCCAGCCAGAUGGGCGGGGUACAAAUAUAUUAUUAUUAUUAUUAUUAUUAUUAUUAUUAUUAUUAUUAUUAUUAAAACUUAAGAUUGGAAUGCAUUCACCUAGCUGGAAUGGAGCUUCUUGGCUGCCAGGUAGCCAAAUUUCAUGCUUUAAGCAUGGUCUGUGUGGACCUGUUUAGCGCUGUGAGGAUUUUCCUCUGUUUGGGAGUAAUGGGUAUGCUGUGGUGGGGGUAUUUUCAAUUAUGUCUCUAAUUUUCUGUUUUAACAGCAAUGUUCAAAAUAGCUGGGUGAAGAAAGAGACUCUUUAAAGGACAUUUUUACACAUAAGACGGAAAGCAGCUCUUGACCCAGUUAGUUUUUAAAAUAUAUAGUUUAUGGGAGUGUUCACUUUUUUUUUUACUUACACUGAAACAGUUCAGAGUUCCUGUUCUUCUCCCCUGCCCCUCUUUUUAGUCUCCCUCCCCAAAUCAUUAACCCCUUUUGGCAUUGACUUGUUCUCUCAAUAACAGCUGUAGUCAAUUGCUGGUAGGUCCCCACCCAUACGGGGACGCGGGUGGCGCUGUGGGUAAAACCUCAGUGCCUAGGACUUGCCAAUCGUAUGGUCGGCGGUUCAAAUCCCCGUGGCGGGGUGAGCUCCCAUCUUUCGGUCCCAGCUCCUGCCCACCUAGCAGUUCGAAAGCACCCUUAAGUGCAAGUAGAUAAAUAGGUACCACUUUAUAGCGGGAAGGUAAACGGCAUUUCCGUGUGCUGCGCUGGUGCUGGCUCGCCAAAGCAGCUUCGUCAUGCUGGCCACGUGACCCGGAAGUGUCUUCAGACAGCGCUGGCUCCUGGCCUCUUAGUGAGAUGGGUGCACAACCCUAGAGUCGGACACGACUGGCCCGUACGGGCAGGGGUACCUUACCCCACCCAUACAUUUAAAGCACAUCCAAUUCCUAUUAAAAGCACAAGGCUUCCCCCAGAGAAUUCUGGGAAUGAUAGUUUGUUAACUCUAGUGGGAAUCAUAGGAUUGUUAUGGGAAAACUACAGUUACCUGGAUUCUUUGGGGGGGGGUUAUAGUGUGCUUUAAAUGUGCACUGAAUGCACUUUAAAUGUAUGGAGUGGAGCUGCAUAUAUGUGGAGGGGCAGGGGAGCUCCUCACAGAGACAGGGCUCACUAUAAUGAGAGUUCAAUACUACUGUCAGUGUUUGGUGCCACAGUGGCUGUGCUGCAGAGGCUGAUUUGCACAUGCAAAUAUAUGUCAGGAAGCCCCCUCUGUUUUUGCUGCUGUCUUUUCCCCCCUUCUCCUUAAGUAAUGGGAAGUUCAAAGCUGUCUUUCAUGGGACGCUCUCCAUAAGAGACAUGAGCACUUUGCAAAAAUCUUACUUGGCAUUCAUAAUUAGUGAAAGCAGAAUCAGUGUAGCCUCCAGAGUCCACAAAGACACAUCUCUGUUUCAGUUACCCGAAACUACCAGCUCUAAGGUAAUUGCGUUUUAGAUCCAAUGUGUGCUUUGAUUUCUCAGAAACCCACAUGGCUGCCCAGGCAAACAGGUGUAGAAGGUUUUUUGCCCAGAUUAGCUAGCUAUUUAAUCACUUAGUGGUUGCUUUCAUAAAUUAGGGAUGUAGGGUGGGUCUUGUCUCAAACAAUCUGGAUCUCUAAAGGGAAGUGAUAGUCCCAUUUCAUCACUGGCAGGUUAAAACUAGCCAUUUGAAGAGCAAGAUAAACUGUUUUCUUGUGUGAUAACUACUGCUAAAAAUGCUGAAAGCAAGCUUUUGAGACAUGCACGACUCAUAAUAAUAAUAAUAAUAAUAGCCCACCCACAGAUGCUCAGAAAAGAAGAUAUGGCUGUCCCAGGCAGCAGAUUUACCCACCCAUGUUUCUGGACUCUAUUGUCUCAAUAUGGAACAAACUUGCUCUGUCUUGGUGCUGCAAAAACUUCUACUAUAGUUAAAGAGCACAAUCCAGUACUGUAAUGUUUCCCCCUUCUUCUGUCUAUUUCAGCCGACAAAGACUCUAGUAUGAUUCACAAGCUGCUUGCAUUCAGUGUUUUAAAUGCUAGUUGCUUCAAAUAAAAGUGCCGUGUGCCCUGCUCUGUGGGACCAGUGCUUACAAGCAAGACUUUGCUUUAGCUUUAUACUUUAAAGAAUAAAUAAAUUACUAAUCUUUGCAGUAGCACCAGGCUUUUCCCCCUUAAAGAGCAAUAACUCUCCCCCCCCCCUCUCAGCGCUAGUCACUGGUAUUUUUCACGCCUUAUCAUGAGGAAGGUUGUACUGUCUCUCUUGUUACACAGCUCCUGGAUUUCAAAGAGCAUCAGACAGGUGUCCAGUGUCCUCUAUCCAAAAUUAAAAAGUGACACCGAAUGUUGUGGCAUAAGUAAGCGUUGCCUAGUAAUGACAAAAUCUGCUUAGAAAACUUCUAGUAGCAAGAACACCUUGUACUGUUUUGGGAAUAAGAAUCAAAGCAAGAAAUGGAAGAAUCCACUCGGGGGCAAGGGAGGCAUGCCUAUUAAUUUAUUCUUUCAUUUAAUUUUUCAUUGAUACCCUGUCUUUCAGCCUGCUAGAAGUCCUCAAACCAUCUUUUCAUCAAAAUGAUAAAAUAAAAAGAUUGCAUAUUCACCAUAAAACAGCACGAUGCUUUUGUUAUGCACCCACCCAUCCAAUGAUUGCAGCAAAUUUUGGGUUGCUGUGAUUCACUGCUUAUUUCUAAGGCUGUACCCUGAAUAUGGAUCUAGAUAUGUUUCAGAGCCAUUUAACUCUCCCAGCUCCCAACCAAGGAACCUGGGAAGUGGGUGUUCCAUGAAGGACUUAGCGAUUUUUCACAAGAACUCCUAGCAUUCUCUCAAAACCACAACUUCUUUCUUGUACUUUUGACACUUAAGAACAUACUGUAAGAAGAGCCUGCUGGAUCAGGCCCAUCUAGUCCAGCAUUCUGUUCUCACUGUGGCCAACCAGAUGCUUGGGGAAAACCCACUAGCAGGACCUGCAAGCAUUACUGCCUCUGCCAUGGAGGCAGAGCAAAGCCAUUGUGGCGAGGAGUCACUUGCAAGUGGUGAGUGUCAUACAAAACCCAGUGUGCAAACGAGAAGCUGGGGACUUGCAACAUCGAUGUGAGGGGCACAGACCCAAACUGUGCUUGCAGUAUAAAAAUACCCCACUAGUUAGUAAUUUCUGCACUAUACUUUCUUUCCCCUCCAUUUCUUUUAGGACUGCGUUCAAACACCCAUGAUGGAAGCUACAGUGGAACCUCGUGUUAUGUACUGCCCUCCUUACAAAUGCUUUGGGUUAUGUACUCCGCUAACCCAGAAGUAGAUGCCCCUUGUUGCAAACUUUGCCCCGGGAUGCGAGCGGAAGUGGCGCGCCAGCAGUGGGAGGCGCCAUUAGCGAAAGCGCGCCUCAUGUUCAGAACAGUUUCGGGUUACAAACGGAUCUCCGGAACGAAUUAAGUUCGUAACGGGAGGUACCACUGUACUGUUUUGACGUGCUCUUGGAGGACCAAAUCCACCUCCAACCUCUGCAGAUCUGUUUGUUCAGCGUACACUGUCAUGUCUUGUUCCUUUUGUUGACUUUUCUGCAAGGCUGGAUUCCUUAGGAGUUCCUACCUGCUCAUGAAAUGCAUCUAGUUCUAUUGUUUUCGACAUUUGGCUCUCCAGGAGGCCUCCUUACAAACUCCUGACUUGAUGCUCAGAUGCCCUGUUCUGUUCGUCAUAAUGAGCAUUCCGCUAAUAAACAUUGGUCAGGAGCAAGUGACACAGGUGGCCACUGACCACAGAGAAGCAAUUAGGAAAGCGAAAACAGCAUCUGCAAGGAGCAAGAGUGCAUCAGCUGCUAGGCAGCGUGUGUCGGGGCCCCACAAGGGUUAGGUUUGACGGCUUAAAAUUACUCACAGCUCCUUACAAGGAGGAAAUUGCUCAACUGAAUUUUUGUGAAGCACUAAGAUAAUGCAUACUACUCUCUUUCCCCUUACUUGAGUCAACCCAGUCACAAAGGGAGUCUGAGAAUGCAAAUAUUAUCUCCUUACGUACUUGCCUUCCAUUGAAUGACAGAAUAAUGUAUUUGUCUGAGAAAGAGUUUCAUCUGUGCUAGCAGAUCUGUGAUGGACUACAACUAAACUAGGCAGCAGCUAUCAAGGGAGAACCAUGGCUGUGGAUCUCUUGAUUUUUCCAGCAUCUUUGUAUUUGUUUCUUUCAUUACCAUCUAAAGUUGUGCUUGGAAGAGAUCCAUUUCUCUUUUGCACUGCUUUAUAGUAUCUAGGGCUUUUGUCGUGGUGUUUCCCACUGUCCCGUCUUAUGUGCUUAGAUGUCUUUGCAUGUCAUCUGCCAGUCUUUCUGAAAUGCUGUCAGCAUAGCAUGUCAUUUUGGAAGCAGCCCUUCACCCUGAAAUCUCUCUUUCUGUCUUUCACAUUAUUUGGACACUUCUGCAGGAAUAUGUGAUGUGUACGUACGCAAUAAUGCCCCCCAGGCGCAAUGAAACUCUUUUGCCUCCCCUGCAGUCCUUCAGACAUUUUGCCCCUCAAGGACCUCCAAAUUUGUCUUUAAUUUUGUGUUAGACAAAACUCAGCCAAUUUUACCGUGUGCAGAUCUCAUCCAGGAAUUUCCCGGCUCAUCUUCUGGCUUUCCUCCAGAUUCCUAGGAGUUUUAUUGGAGACUUUGCUUUUGCUUUUUGCCUUUAGGUUGCUUCAAAUUUCAAAAGAAAGCCAUUUAGUGCUGCAGCCUGUUAGCUUCUCCUUGGCUUUUGCCCACCCCCCUUCUCCUACCUCCCUUGACUUCAAACAAGGCACACACAAAAAACUAUUUAGCAACAGCUGAAGGCCUAUGCUGGAGGUCACCAACUUUCCCCUCCUUCUGCAGGGUGGGACAUCUGGCCUGAAAGGGGGAGAUGGAGGGAGAGCGCAGCCAACCGCCUGGUAGGAAAGGUUUGUUUUCAUUCCUCCUCUGUCAUGUGCCGCAGUGUGGCUGAUCGGAGCAGCACAUUUGGUAACAGAGCCCUUGUCCCUUGAGGUUAAGAGUAUGGUUACACUUGCAGCGGCAGCAGCUGCCUGAGCGUAUCAGCAACAGGGGGGGAAGACAAAUCCCCCCUCCCACCUCUUCUCCUCCUUUGCCAGUUUUAUCAUAUAUCACUGCUUCCUUCCUUCCUUCCUCCCUUCCUCCCUCCCCCGCUCUCUCUUUCUUUUUCUCUUUUCUCUGACCUCCUCACAGCUUCCCACCUGGUCACUCCAGAGUGCACACAGCGGAGAGUUUUGUCAGCCCAGCUCCGGAGGAGAAUCCUUCAGCCACUGAGCAAAAGGAGAGCCAAGCAAGGACCGCUGGAAGCCAGAGCAGAGCAGAGCGGAGGGAAGCUGGUUGGUGCCAGCUCGGCUUCCAUGUGUGCCUGCCCACCGAUGCUAAACCGGCUGCUGCAGCUCUGAAGGAGGCUGACUGA